AGGAGCCAGAACAGAAGCAAGAAGCAGCUGCGGGAUUCUCUGCCUCGCGCCCGGCCCGCCCGAGGGAAGCCCCCAGGAUGCGGCUGAAAACGAGCGUCGUCUUGCGCUUAUACAGCCUCUGCGGGAUCCUCAUCCAAGGUGAGUAACUGGACAUUAAAAUCAAACCUGUCGAUGUGAUUUAUGGUGUUCUGUAGUCAGAAUGGUUGGUAAGUAAAGUGACCAUCUUUGUAUGUGUCCUGUUAAAGAAACUAAAGGGUUUUGCUCUACAUACAAUGUGGCAAGUGUAAUGUAGAGAAAAACAUGUUCUUCGUUUUCUGUAGAUGUCUUCACCUUUCUAUUAAUACAGUAAGCUAGGAUUUGAACCCAUGGUGGAUUGUUUAUACAACUGAUUCAUAAAGGCACAGUUGUUAAUGCUGGGUGUAAAAUGAAAUAUAUACUCCAAAUGGAUAGUAUUUGUUUAACUGACCAGUUAGAGAAAGCAACAAGAGUUGAGUCAUGAGUAUACAGUUCAUAUACACUGAAUAGAAAUAUUGUGGCCAGGAACUGUCCCAGUUAUGUCAGGAAUUUCUCUAUGAGAGAGCUAAAAAAAAAGCUCACUUAUCUUAUUUGUUUGCAGGACAGUUAGAAAUUUCCAUAUUCCUUUAUAGUAAUCUUUUCAUCCCCUGUAUCAGUUUGUUAAUUAAUGAUGUGAUUAUCUAUUGUUCAAAGAAAAAAAAGUGGAGAAAAUAUACUUGGGCUUUUCUGAAGUAGUUUCACAUCUAACUUAUUGGCAUUGCUAUUGACUUUUCUGAAAUCUGUUGGCUUUAACAAAAAAUUGCAUUAUCGUCAGCAAUUUAGCUUUAAUAUUUGACUCCUUAAAAUACUGCAUUUUAUAGCAUUUAAAUCUGCUGUCCUUGCUGGUAUAAGGUUUGUGUCCAUUAAGUCCCAUUGCAGUAAUAUCCAACUUAUUUCAGCCUUGAGUAGGAUAGUCAAAUGGUUUCAGAACCUCACAAGUAGAUAAUGAAGUCAAAAUAAAGUUUGACUUCAGCUAAUGUGUGCUCAGUGCUCAUAGAGUGGCAUUUUGAUUAGUAGGGGCUAUGACGUCACCUCACAUAACCCUUUACUGUUCCCUCUGAGGGCCCUUCCAGGCAGCCUCAUAAUCUGGAACAAAUAUGUAAGUUUCAAAAUCGCGGGACCUAAAGGAGAGUUCAGACAGGGAACUGUCAGUCCCAGUCUGGCAUCCUGACAGGUUCGGUUAUAGGGGAUUUUAGAAAUCCACAAGAUGGAUGUGGGAUAUCUGCUGGGAAUUUUCUUUUAUUUUUUAAAAUUAAUUCUGUAAGAUGCACUGGACCUCAUAAGUGCUGAUGCGGAUAUAUGAAUCUGCACACAAGCAGAUUUCUUGUCAUUAUCACUCCUCACCCUCCUCCUGCCUUUAUUUCCCACCCCACCCCCCUCUUAACUCUGUUUCCCUUUGGGGAAACCUUCCUGCCAUGCUGGUGCCACUGUCUAAAUUCAAGCUCUUAUUUCAUAAACACGAAAACAAAAGAAUGACUUCAGUGACUUCUCAUGGAUAUUGCUUUCCAAUUGUGCUUCCAUUUAGCCACCUGUGUGUCUGUUGGCAUCAUUUGUUAGGAGCCCUCAUAUAAGCUCUUUUGGGAUUUUAAAAUGUGCACAUGCGCUGGAGCAGUCAACACCAGUGUAUAGCAGUGAAGUCAUGUGCUUUUCUUGACUGCAGGGAUAUACAGUGAUAUGAAUGUCACAUUUUUCGGCUGAAAUUGGAUUUAUAACGUGUUGUUCAGCCGUUAAUGUGAUCCAACAUAUAUAUCCAGCAAAUGUCAUCUAGCCACCCCCUACCUUCUUAUUCUAGUUUCUUCUGCAUAGGGCUAUGUGGAAGAGUCCUGAGAUUAGCAGCAAUUCUCGCAGCUAUUGGGAUUGGGGAAGGAUUUCUUCCCCAGCAAUCAAAGAUUUUGUAUCUUAUUCAUGUUGUAACAUUCAGUAAUGAGCAAUUAAGAUGGGUAGGUUUGAAUGGUUAAUUAAAACUGAUUAACUUUAUACAAAUUAUCUACAGCUUAUUGAAAUCAAAUCUGCUCAAAUUGAUUUAUUGACUUCGAUAUAAAAGGCAAUUUGACACUAGGAAUAAACCCUGGAAAACCUUACUUUUCAAGAUUUUGAGUGUGCUAUCCCCCCUUCCCUUCUUCAUGUAAUCUCACCUAUAUCCAGUCAAAAUCCAUCCACUACUGUGCUGUAUAUCAGUUCACUAUUUUAUAAAUGUUAACAGAUCACAAUAAAAUUAACAUUAUGUUAUCGUUUGGUAUUUUUUGAUAUUUGCAUUUAUAUGUACAUGUGUGUGUGUGUGGGGGGGGAAUAGAGAUGGCACAGGGGUUCUUUUUUGUAUGCUUCUUUUAAACUUGACUAAGGGGAGGCUGUUUAUUCCUGUGUCACUUGUCCAGGCAUCCUUUACUUAGAGGACUGCUACUUCUGAACAUGGAAGCUUCAUUGAAUUAUUACAGGUCGAGUCUUGCUUUUUUUGGAAAUCCAAAAUCUGAAAGAUACCAAAAUCUGAUAUAUAUUUUUUUUGCCACUGCACCAAAAAUGUUGGGAACCUCUGGCUAUUCCACCAAUCAAUGUCAUACUCUCCCUGUUUUCAGGAUGCCUGCCAUGCUGCACAGGGCAAAUAUUGCCCUCCCUUGACAUUUGCAUUUUACAGGGAAUUUGUAUAAGUCAUCUUGCAGGAAUCUGAGUCCUAACCCACUCUUUCCUUUCCCAUUUCAAAUUGCUGGCAGUGGUAGAGUGAGAGUUCCUUAAGAAAAGCUUCCCUCAUUCAUAUCCAAACACAGGACUUUCAUAAACAGAAAAUAAUCAGAAAUCUGGAAAACCUCUGGUCCAAAGCAUCCAGCAUAACCUUCUGUAUACCUAACUAAACUUUGAUAAAUCUAUCUUUUAUUAUAAAAACCUAUCUAAGCUGAUAGAAAUCACAAUGGGAAAAUCUACACUGACCAUAAGGUGAAGGGCCUGGGAAUCAGCUUUGCGGUGGCUAAACAAUGCACUGAGUUGAUCCAGCUUAACACAGGGCAAAGAUGCUUAAUGCAACCUUGAACUGUGUUAACAAAAGUUGCUCUGAAUACUCCCUCAAAAUCUGGACCAAAUGUUGGGCCCAUGUAAAUAGUUGGUUAGAGUCUAGUACAGAACUGACAGCACAUGUUUAUAUGGUCAUCCAUGUUUCUUAGGGUCAAGCAAUCUGGGGGCACAGAAUGGCACUCACCACACCCUCCUGUUCUCCUCAUCAAAAUGGCCAAUUGGCAUGGAAUCCUUAUCAUUGUUGUCAUUUUAUUUGUUACCUGUCUCUCCUCAUGGCUCAAGGUGGGGAACAACAUGGUUAAAACAGACAGAUAAAAUACAAUACUAUUAAAAUACAUAUACAGUAGAGUCUCACUUAUCCAACAUAAAUGGGCCGGCAGAAUGUUGGAUAAGCGAAUAUGUUGGAUAAUAAGGAGGGAUUAAGGAAAAGCCUAUUAAACAUCAAAUUAGGUUAUGAUUUUACAAAUUAAGCACCAAAACAUCAUGUUAUACAACAAAUUGGACAGAAAAAGUAGUUCAAUAUGCAGUAAUGCUAUGUAGUAAUUACUGUAUUUACGAAUUUAGCACCAAAACAUCACGAUUUAUUGAAAACAUUGACUACAAAAUGCGUUGGAUAAUCCAGAAUGUUGGAUAAGUGAGUGUUUGAUAAGUGAGACUCUACUGUAUUAAAAUAUACAUAACAAAGACCAACAACAAUAAUAACGUGGACAGGACCCUUGGAGGUGAGAGCUAUCACAUGUAUCCUAGAUCCUUGCCCUUCCUGGCUGACCAAACAGGCCAGAGGGGACUGGCAGAGUGGGUGAAGGCAGUGAUCAAUGCCUCCUUGGAACAAGGCAAAGUUCCAACUUGCCUAAAGGAGACAGUUGUGAGCCUAUUAAAAACGCCAUCCCUGAACCCCUCUAUAAUGGACAAUUAUCGGCCAGUAUUCGACCUUCCCAUUCUGAGCAAGAUUUUGGAACAUGUGGUGGCCUCCCAACUCCAGGGAUUUCUGGAUGAAACAAAUUAUCUAGAUCCAUUUCAAUUUCGUUUCAGGCCUGGCUAUGGAACAGGGAAAGCUUUGGUCUCCUUGGUGGAUGACCUCUGCAGAGAGCUAGACAGGAAGAGUGUGUCCCUGUUGGUUCUCCUGGAUCUCUCAGCGACUUUCGAUACCAUGGACCAUGGUAUUCUUCUAGGUUGUCUCGCUGGGAUGGGGUUUGGAGGCACUGUUUUACAGUGGAUCAAGUCUUUCUUGGAGGGCCGCACUCAGAAGGUGGGGCUGGGGGCCUCCUGUUCAAACCCUUGGUUUUUGUCCUGUGGGGUUCCUCAAGGUUUCAUUUUGUUCCCCUUGCUGUUUAACAUAUACAUGAAUCCAGAGCUAUGGAGUAUGGUUCCACAUUUGUGCAGAUGACAUCCAACUCUACUACUCCUUUCUAUCUAAAGCUGUCCUGAUCCGAAACCUGUGCCUUUCAUCAGUUAUGGGCAAAUUGAAACUUAGACAAGACAGAGGUACUCUCUGUUUAAAGGGUUCAGGUUCAGGCUAUUUGUCCUAUUGUAUCCCUUUGUACGAACCUGCCCAGGCUCUGAGGUCUUCAGAGUGGUUGGUGGGAACGAGAGAGUGGGCCUACUCGGUGGCUGCCCCUUAACUCUGGAACUUCCUGCCCAGACAAGCCAGAAUGGCACACUCCCUGCUGUCCUUGUGGCAGCAGGCCAAAACUUUUUUAUUCAGGCAGGCUUUUUAAGAAGAAGGUGUUUAAGAUCAGUUCAGGUGGUGCUGUAGUUUUUAAUUUAGGGAGUGCUGUGGUUAGGAUGGAGGGAAUGCCUUUUUAAUAUAUCUAUUAAAAAAUUCCUUCAUUUUCUUUGUGCUAUCAUUUAAUGAUGACCGUCUCAUGAAAUGAUAGGCAACACAGUAUUUAAAGCUGCACAGUUAUUGUGCUUGUUUUCAGCCACAUGGCCUCCAUGCCUGCAAUUCACUUCCUCAUGCAUCAGAGAAAGUGGCUGGGAGAAGGUGAUCCUUGGCCAAUUGGAGGCCAAGGAAUCACAGAAGUGGGCUGGGCAGGGAGGGCAGGGAGUGUAUAUAAGGGGAGGACUGCACCUAAAAGAGCCAUUGCUGCUGCUGCCGAGUGCUGGGGCUGGUUGGGUUGCUGCUGCUGUGUCUCCGCUUGGCCUUGCCUUUUUUGUGCCUUGCCUUUCUAGUGAGGUCACUUCUGGGACUCGGAGAUUUGGGGUUUGGAGAUUUUGACCAGCUGCCUUGGUCCUCUGUUUCCUUUGGUGUUUUAUUUUACUUUUUUGAGAGCAAAUACAUUUUUUGGUUUGUAAUCCCCAACCCUUGAGUGCUCUGCUUCACCUUGCAGAAGUACAGUGAUUUUUGCCUGGCUGGCUGCAGUGCUCUUGCCUUAUUUUAAAAAUUCUAUAAUUUAAUCAUAAUUAAAAAUAAACAAUGUGUGGAUGGGUUCUUCAUUCUUAGUUUUAAACUCCCUUCUCCCUCCCUCCCUCCCUCCCUCCCUCCCUCCCUCCCUCCCUCCCUCCCUCCCUCCCUCCCUCCCUUGGUUAUUUAUUUCUUUAAAAAUAAAUAAAUUUAAAAGAAAAUAACUUCUUGUUGGGGGGAAGACUCAAAUGUUGUAAAUGUUAGUGGGCAAAAGGGGUCAAUAUGCCCUCCGUGUGUGGCAAUUUUCACCCCCCUAGCCCUAAAUCUGAGAGGGGGCAAACCUCUGAAGCCCUCCCUUUGCAGGCAAUGGCAUGAAAAAUUUAUUUUUUCGUUAGCAAGAUGAAAAUUCUAUUCGUAUAGGCACCCCAUUUUUGUUAGGGGAAACAAAUACAAAAAUGAGACAAAAUGAACAGCAAUUCCAUACACAAGCACAGCACUAAUGCCUACUGUGUUUCAAUUUUGUUUUUACCACACUGCUACUAUUUCAUUGCUAUUUAAUUGAUUUUUAACUUUUGUGUUGCACUUUUUAAAACUUGCAUAGUGUAGAGUGUUAGCCAUCUUGAAUCCCCAUGGAGAGAAAGCUGGAGUAUAAAUAAAGAUAACAAAAUAAUAACAAUGACAAAUAUUUGCUUAUGCCAGUCACUCAUUACCUGGAGGGAUCCUGUCUGGAAUGAUGAGGCAAUCAGAGAAGGGAGGGGUGAAAGGAGGGGAUGAUUUUACUUCUUCCUGCUCCCCCUCUUGUCAUUCCUGCACCCUGGUUGAUGAGUGACCCAUGUUGUGCCUGCUGGCCACCACAUCAAAGAGAAGAGAAGGGGAUGGUCAGGACUCACUCCUUCCUCUGCAGCAGUCGGCGAGGGGUGGAGGGGGUGGGGGGGUGUCUCAAGCAUUCUGGGGCCAAAUCAGCAUUUACCACCCUGGACUGGCUCCAGGACAAGUAGUCAGUGUAGAACCACCCCAUAUCUUUUGGCAAUUUCUUCCAGAAUUGAAAUAUUCAUUAUGUGAAAACCUCAUUGUGUAAAUCACAAGUGUCAAGACACAAGGCCUGCAGGCUAAAUCUGUGCCACCAUGUCAUUUUAUGUGGCCUGAGGGCCUUUUAAUGCCAAGGCAACAUAGUUACAGUUAUACAAUCUUACAAUUAUAAAUGGCCCCUUGAAGGCAACCAUAAGGCUGAUGUGACCCUCAGUGAAAAUAACUUCGACAAUCCUGGUGUAAAACAUAGUGUUUUUCGAGAUAUGCUUGUUUUCAAGUAAAUCCUCCUUAAUAAAUGUCCUUAGGAUGUCAGUCUUAAAGAUACAACUCUUGUUCUCCAUACUAUUUAACUGUUAACUAGUGAAAGCUAAAUAGAUGGCACACCGACUUUCCUUAGGCAUCUUCUGUUCUCAUAAGAUGAGUUUUGUACCUAAAGUAAAAAAGGAAGCUCUUACUUCAUACCCUGUUUUAGAGGUACCCUUAGGUAGUCUUAGAUUACUGAGGGAAUGCAAAAUUCUGUGUUCUGCCAAGAAAACCUGCUUAGGGGUAGAUUGAGUGAAGACAACUGCAGCUUUGCAGAUUCUUUACUGUCAAAAUCAAUUCUAUUCACUGGUCUGAUUAUUUCACAGAGUUGAAGAUCUGUAACUUAGAGCUGUUUUGACAAAUGUUAAAAAAGGACUCCGGUACCUUAUUAUGGGUAGAUAAGCUUUUACAAAUCUAUGAAAAUUAAAUUUGAGAUUGGUCUUUGGUUUUGUUUUGUUUUAAUGAAUUGUAGCUUGAUCUACAUAUAAAAAUAAGUACUAAGAACAGCACAUAGCAGCUUUUCAAGAAAGCGGACUCCACACCAAUAGAAAACAGUAGAGACAGGCUGUUACAUAGUUCAGCAUAAAAAAUGAAAACAAAUACUAGGCUUUAUGGCCAGAUGUUUGUUUGCCCUGGCUGCAGACAUCCUUGGAGAGUAAAUGUUGAGAUAACAAGGAUUUGAAACUCUGUAGACAUAAGAAAAGUCUUACGCUAUGAAACUUCAUUUGAGAAUCCAAGGCUGCAAAAGUCAACUUCACUUGGGAGUAGGGGUGGAAAGAUCUGUUACUUUUUACCACAGUGAAAUGUAUUAUACCUCAAGUUCUUUAUAUCCCAUUUAUAAGAGAAUUCAUUAAUAUUUGUAAACUUUCCCAAAACUAAAAAUAAACCAAAUAUUUUCAGGCAUUUGCAGUGACCAAAUUCAAUAGGAAGAGCUCUUUUCAUCAUGAAGAUCAUAUUGUAUUUUCUUGCAAUGUAGGUUUUACAGAUGAGAAGCCUGUCAGCAUUUUUUAAAAGAAAAAGAUGGCAAGGCUCAUUCAGCACAACACAUUUUCCAGACUAGCUUUUAAGCGCUAAGCCAUCAAAGCCCUUUAUUUGGAUGAAUGGAUCUAUCACAUUCUCCCAUAUUUGAUUUUAAAUUUUAAAUCUCUUUAAAUCCAUUUAUGAAAACAUUUGAGAUUUUUCCAGUUUUUAUAUUUUUUUAAAAAAGGGGAAGAGUCUGCAGAGAUCUUUGCCAUCUUUCCAAGAAAGUAACUCCCCCUGAGCAGAGCAAGGUUGGUUUUUUUUUAAAUGACAUCACUUUAAAUGCUAUCUGCAUACACGCACAAAUUAGACUUAGGGGAAUCUCUAGUUGCCGUUAUGUCAUACGAUUUCCAAAUGUCUUAGUAGAAAGUAAACUGUUAAGGUGAAGAUAGCUAUUUAGAUAGACAAACAGAAACUAUACUGAUGUCUAAUAAUAAAUUUUAAACCUGCUAAUAGUAUCCCAACUGUAUUUACAAAUAGGAGCUGUUUCAGGAUUGUUUGAAGUGACUGAGCCUUCUGUAUCCACAAGAAAGAAGCAUACUAUACCGAUCUGCAUCCAACAUGAUAUGUCUUCUAUAGGAAUUUUCUGGGUUUCCCAUGCAAUUCAAUGGUAUGCUUUUGUUGGAAUUUUCCAUAAUUUUGCCUUAGAGAACCUAGCAAAUUUCUACAAAGGAUAGCUCUUUAAGAAUUUUCUUGGCCUUCCAAGGUGACUCUGUGGUAGCUUUGGUGGAGGUUUUUCAUUUCAGUAGGGGUCGCUAUUAUUUUUAAUUUCUUGUUUCCACAAUAAGUAAAUGAAUCAUUUUAAAGUUUUUCAUUAAAUUUGUAUUAUUCCGUUUCUUUUGACUUAUUGACUAUGAUAUGUAGGAAUAAAUAUAAUUCAUUUCAGAUAAUGAUUAUUGCCAUAAUCACUUAUUUUGAAUCAGUUUUGUAUCUGAUUAUGUCUCAAGUCAUGCUUCUGUUUUAUGUUACUGAUUUCUGGUGCAUUAGGUUGGUAGUAAGCUUUUAAAUUCUUGUUCCUAUACCAUGUAGGGAAAAAGCUCUUGGCAGCCAGCACUGUAAUUUUCAGUUAGAUAAGCUGACUUUAAAAACCUGCAUUAAAUUGAAUGCCCUAUGGUUAGUCUGUUCUUGUCACAGUAUGGCUGCCUAUAUAUAUUUCACAUGUGCCAUUCAAAUUUUUUGUAUUACUUUUCACUGUGUGCUGUUUUUAUAAGAAAAAAAAAUCUGAUGUUUUCUUUGUUAUGCUUCAAUGUGGGAAAAGAUGCAUGAGGGUUCAGAGCUGAAGCUGAAAUUGUGGUUGUAAAGAGUUUUUAUUGUUAUAGUCUGCAUAUGCCUUUAUGCAUUUUCAUGGGUCUGUAUACUUGUAAGAGUCAAUGUUCAUAUAUAUUGCUAAUCAAGUAAUCAUGCACCAUUUUGGGUAUGUGGUGUGGUUGAAACAUUUUUAUGUGGGCCAUAGGAAAAAUCCACUUUGUACCUCCCCAGCCACCUAUUUCAGGUAGCAAAGACAGAUGAUAGAUAACGGGUUUACCUGAGGCAUCAAAAUGAUGCCUCAGGUAAACCCGGAUUAAUGUAGAGUAAAGAGGGUUUUUCCAUUUUACUCUGCAUUAAUUUAACACCUGUAAAGGUUGAGACCUCAAGCUAAGGUCUGGAUAAAAUAACAACAACAACAACAACAACAACAACGUUAUUUUUGUAUCCCACCACCAUCUCCUUGAAGGGACUUGGGACGGCUUACAUGGGGACAAGGACAGUCAGACAGUUGAAAAUAUAACACAGUAAAAAAUUUAAAAACAACAUCAUAGAACAAUAUAAAACAACCAUUCACAAACAACCAAUAGCCUGACAUAGUAAUCAAUAUUAAACUUGGGCAAGCAGGGGCUGUUGCAAAACAGUUGCAAGGACAGGACUGAUGGAUAAAGUGCAGGAGCCAGAUGAUAGGUUAGGGUUAGAAGGGCAAUAUCAAUUAACUAUAUAAAUAUAAAUAUAUAACUAUAGGGCAAGGAACAGUGGAAAAGUACAAGAGCAAGACACUGAGUUAUGGCUGGGGGGAGCAAGUUAUCUUGCGAACUGUUUAAUCUUGCGAACUGUUUAAACGGGAACAUCUAUGUUUUUAGGUCUUUACAAAAAGUAGACAAGGUAGGCGCCAGUCUAUUCUCCCUGGGAGAGAGUUCCAGAGCCAGGAGGCCACCACCGAGGAGGCCCUCUCCCCCAUCCCCACCAGAUGCAGAUCUUUGCAGGUUCCAAGCCUGUGAGGUUUGACUGCCAGGACUGCUUCCACAAUCCUUGGGGUCAGUCUGCACAGCCAUCUUGGUUUUUUGGGCUCCUGGAGCUUGAAGGAGUGGGAGGGCACCCCCUUAACCCUAGCUCCCCAUUCCCCUCCCCCAAAACUUACCUGAGGGUCCUGCUGGCAGCACAGGCCCCUCUGUCAAGUCCUCAUGACACUUGGAAAUGAUGCAUCAGGAGGUGUGUGUGUGUGUGUGUGUGUGUGUGUGUGUGUGUGUGUAUGUCCUUUGGUUGACCUGUGAUGGAAUCUAGUCACCCACUGAGGGAAAGCCUGGGGUUGGGGGUAGAGACUGAAACCCAGUAGUUGAAGAACAUUUUAUUGAUUAGCCCUUAGGCCAUAUCAAAGUACCAAGCCAAACUACCAGGCUCGAAAAGAUCUGGUUACAUUCUAUACAAAUAUUAAACAAAACACUUGUAACAAUACAAUACAAUAAAAUAUAAUAAAACUGAGUGUGUACAUUAUAUGUCAUUGUCACUCCUACAGUUUACCCCAAUCAGCCCCACAUAGUAGGAAGCAGAGUUUUUUUAACCUGCUUCCUCUUGGGUUUUAGUUAAGUGUAGAAGGGCCUAUAGCUUGCUUGCUUCAUUCUUAUCUCAAUAGUUUCAGCUAGUUGUCAGUUUUUCUGCCAGGAAGAAAAAUAAGAACCUCUAAUCAUAUUUACUGUUGUUGAGCUAAAUUUGGUCUGUCAUUUUCUUCCUACAGAUCAGAUUACUGCCUAGUGAGCAAGUCAGUAUUGUUCACGAACAGCCCCAGGCAUCUUAAGUCCACCAUUGACAUGUUGUUGUUUCUGCUCAUGAAACUGAAUGUCACAGUUAUGAGUACGGGGAAAACUUUAAGCAAUUUUAUGCUUACAAAUUCACUUUUCAUAUCAAUAACCCCAUAAAGAUUCCAAGAUACUUGGAGUUGAUUUGGAUGAAUGAAUUGCACCCAAGUGGUGAAGGGACCUUUGGCUCCAUAUUUCUAGUUUUACUUUUGUUUUGUUCUUUGUAUAGGUUUGGGUUUUCACCAUAUAAAAAUAUUCAAAGUAGAAGCUGUACAGUGGAAUACCUUGAUCUAGUAUGCGUACAGAUACAGCCCAUUUCCCCAAAAACUAAAAGGCAUGAGUCAAUGAAAAACAAUAUACCAAUGGAUAGGAGGCAGCAGGGAAGUUAACUGGGUUUUUAUGUGUUAUAUGUGUGAUCAUUUGGUAAAAUAUAAUUAAGAAAACUGCUUCCGUUUUUUAUGGAUGAAUGAGGAUCUUUGGAAAAUUGAAUAAAAUAAACACCUUUGACUCACUGAAAGAAAUAAACUUAUAGUAUGAUUUAAAAUACAUCAUAUAUUCACAUGUUAUGCUUACAGAAACAUUAUAGAAAAAGACAUACAGUAGGGUCUUGCUUAUCCAACCUUCGCUUAUCCAGCAUUCUGUGUCAGGCUCACUUCAAUGGACCAGUCUGAACGCAGAUCAAAGAUAGCUGCUCUCAAAUCCAAUCUUUAUUGAAGAAUACAUGACUUUGGAAAAGUCGAGAAUGACCUAAUGUUUACAUACACUCAAUUUUAUCACUUCUGAUGCAACGUAAUACCACACGUAAAUAUCAUCAUCAAACCCCACCCUCUGGAUCACAUUACUACCAUUCCCACACACUACAACAAUUAUAAUUGUUUAUACUUUCAACCCUGAGUUCCCAGGCUCAUUUUAUCUUCUCCCGCCAGGUGCAGGGUUAUUUAUGUUAUGAAGCCAGAUUCAGGGCUUGGAAAUUCAGCCCUGGGAUUUGGCUCCAUGACAUGGCGCCCUCGUUUUCUUCGUCCUCCUCUUCGGUUCUUUUUUCAUCAUAGUCCUGAAACAAAUCAAACAACAACUCUAUGUGUCCAUUUUGUCCAAAGUCCCCAUAUACUUUUUCAGUAAGCUGCGAUGGAAUACUGGGUGUAUUUUCCCUAAACUUUUUGGCAAUGCCAACUGAAAAGUUACUUCAUUGAUAACACCCUGUAUUCUGAAUGGUCCAAUAUAUUUGGGGCCCAAUUUUCUCGAAGGUAGCCCCAAUUUGAUGUUUUGGGUACUUAACCACACUAGAUCUCCUUUAUCCAAUUUAUCACCUUCCACCCUCUUUCUGUCUGCGAACGCUUUAUACUUUUUGUGUGCUUCCUUUAAGGAUGCAGUCACUUGACUCCAGCAUUCUAGCAUUUGUGUUUUCCAUUUCCCUGCCUCUGUUUCCUCAUUCUCUGUCCAUCUUGGUAACUGGGGCAAAGGCUGUAUUUCAUACCCGUAAACCACUUCAAAGGGGGUUUUAUUUGUUGCUGAAUGUAUAGUCGAAUUAAAAGCUAGUUCGGCAAAAGCCAACCACCUAGACCAGUCAUUUUGUCUCAUGUUAGAGUACAUUCGAAGGAACUGCCCAAGUGUCUGCUGAGUACGUUCUACUGCCCCGUUCGUCAUGGGGUGAAAAGCAGAACUUAGACUCCUUUCUGCUCCUAGCAUUUCCAAGAAUUUUUCCCAAAAUUUUGCUGUGAAUUGUACUCCUCUGUCACUGACCACUCUACUGGGACAUCCAUGCAGUUUGUAAAUAUGGUUUAUGUACAAUUCAGCCAGUUUCUCGGCCGACGGUAGUUUCGUCAGUGCUAUAAAGUGGGCCUGUUUAGAAAACAGGUCUAAUACUGUCCAAAUAUAACGAUGUCCUUUGCUAACCGGCAGUUCCCCCACAAAGUCCAUAGCUACACAUUCCCAAGGCCUGGUAGGUUCCGCUACUGUUUGUAAUAAUCCCAUAGGCUUCCCUCCUCUCGAUUUAUUUCUGGCACAAUCAUCACAUUGAACAACAUGAUUCUUUAUGUCCUUCCUCAUUCCUGGCCACCAACAAUGUUUUGCUAUUGCCUUUGUUGUUUUUGUAAUUCCUGUAUGACCAGCGCUCUGGUUAUUGUGAAAACGAUGCAAAAUCUUAAUCCUUAAUAUUGCUGGGAUAUACAGUUUCUUGUUUACAAACCAAAAUCCCCCCUUCUGCUCCCCCUUUUCUGCGUUGGAUGCGAUCCACUGAUCUCCUUCAUAAGACUGUUUCAGUUCGUUUCCCCAAUUAUCUUCUCCGUCGAGUUCAACCAUAGCCGUGUUCUCCUUUUGGGUCUGCGCUCUUGUCCUGACAGCUAAGCCCCAUUGUUUAUCAAAGAAUAUUGUCCCCUCUUUUGCUGUGGUUAUGCCUUCGUGUUGAGGCAUGCGUGAAAGAGCAUCUGCCAAGACAUUCUGCUUCCCUUGAAAAAACUUUAAUUGGAAAUCAAACCUGCUGAAGUAUUGCGCCCAUCUAAUUUGUUUGGGGGACAAUUUUCGAGGAGACUUUAAAUACUGGAGGUUCUUAUGGUCAGACCAAAUUUCAAAUGGGAUUCCGCUUCCUUCAAGGAAGUGUCGCCAGCAUUCUAAGGCUUUUAAUAUGGCUAAUGCCUCUUUUUCCCAUAUUGGCCAACAUUUUUCAGUUUCGCUGAACUUCCGGGACAAAUAUCCACAGGGUUUUAAGUUCCCAUUUUGAUCUUUUUGCAAUAGUACUGCCCCGUACGCGCAGUCUGAGGCAUCGCAAUGGAUUAUGAAAGGGCUCCUGAUAUCGGGGUGUUUUAGGAUGGGUCCUUCUGUGAAGCGUUCUUUUAGGGUUUCAAAUGCCUUUUGGCAUUCUGGCGUCCAACUCAGUUUGGCGCCAGGAGCCUUUACUUUUGCUGUCUCCCCCUUCCCUUUUGUUUUUAAAAGUUCAGUAAGGGGUGCGGUUAUUUGCGCGAAGCCUUUUAUGAAUGAUCUAUAAAAAUUUGCAAACCCCAGAAAUGAUUGCAAUUGCCUCCUUGUUUGAGGCACUCCCCAUUCUUUUACAUCUGAUACUUUAGCUGGAUCCAUAGCUAACCCUUCUGGAGAUAUCCGAUACCCCAGAAAGUCAAUUUGAGUUUUAUUAAAUUCACAUUUGGACAGUUUUGCGUACAGCUUUGCUUCUCUUAGUCUUUGCAAAACUUCCCGGACCAAUUUCACGUGCUUUUCCUUAUCUUCACUCACAAUCAAGAUAUCAUCAAGAAAUAUGAAUACCCCUCUGUACAACAAGGGGUGUAAUAUUUCAUUUAUAAGCUGCAUAAAGCAACCGCCUCCGUUUUUUAGUCCGAAAGGCAAAAUUUUAUAUUCAAAAUGGCCGAAUGCGCAGGAAAAUGCAGUUUUCCAAGUAUCCUCCGGUUUGAUUCUUAAUUUAUGAUAUGCUUCAAUUAAAUCCAGUUUAGUAAAUAUGCUCCCUUUCUUCAAUACGGUAAUUAAAUCCUUUACUAAGGGCAUAGGGUAUUUAUUGUCCUUAGUAAUUGCAUUUAAAUUUCGAUAAUCAAUGCACAAUCUUAGGGAGUUGUCUUUCUUUCUCCUAAAUAACACUGGGGCCCCGAGAGGAGAAUUGGAUGGUUUAAUGAAGCCUCGCGCCAGGUUUUUAUCAAUAUACUUCCUCAAUUCCUCCUUCUCCUGCACAGACAUGGGAUAUACUUUUGGUUUUGGUAAGUUUGCUCCUGGGGUUAUUUCAAUUUCUACUUCUAUAUUCCUUUUGGGAGGUAAUUUACUUGCCUCUUUCUGAUUGAAAACAUCCACAAAGUCUCUGUAUUCAGGUGGCAAUAGCUGUGGGUCUAUUUCACCUGAUUCAUCUCCCUCGUCUUCCUCUUCUGCAAUUUUGCUUAUCUCCCAUUGCGUCUGCUGUUCUUUAAAUGCUAGGCUCUUUCCUCUCCAAUCUACGUCAGGAUUUGCCUGUUCGAGCCAUGGUAUCCCUAAUAUUACGUGGUAUGUGGCAAUAGGGGCUAUCACAAAGGAUAUUCUUCCUUCCCAUUUGCCUAUUUUACAUGGGACCUCCCGUAUUUCCUUUGUAGAUACUUCCCCAGCAGCAACUGAUCCAUCUAGCUGCGAAAAUGCAAUUGGGGAGUCAAGCGCCAUCUGCUGGCAUUUCAGCGCUCCUGCUAGUUCCGGAGUUAUAAUGUUCCUAGAACAACCACAAUCCACAAAUACCUUGCAGGUGGCCCGAUUCUCUAGCCCCGAGAUGCAGAUUGGCACUACUAUCAUGCGUUUGUCCCGACUCACCAAUUUUUCCGGAGAUUCUGGGGCUUGCACCUCCUCCUCCGCACGCCUCCCGGUUGCUGGCUUGGGUUUUGAGGGUUUUGGCGGCUCCCCCUUCCGUGCCCAACAUUCUGCUGCUCGAUGACCCGUCUUCCCACACACAAAGCAUCCCGGUUUAGGUUUGUUGUCGUCUCCUCUGGAGGGAAUCCCCGGCCUCCCUCCGGACCUUUCCUGCUUCCUCGUUUCUCCUCGGCCUCUCGCCACCGGUCUUUGCUGGCCACCGCUGCCUCUGAAGCGCUUCACUUGGGCCAGGGUGGAUUCAACGCGCCCCGCUAGUUGAAUCCAUCCCUGGAGCGUUUCGGGGUCAUCUCUGUGUGCUGCCCAGCUGAAAACCUCGGGGCGUAGUCCCCCUUUAAAUAUUUCCACUUUGGUCACUUCAGACCACUCUGGUACCCUUUCCGCGAGGUGGAGGAAUUCCUCUGCGUACUCGGGCACCGUUUUGUCCCUCUGCUUUAUUCCUUUAAGCUGGUCUCGAGCCCUCAAUUGCUCUAGCCGGUCUCUGAACCGGUUUUCCAGUGCGGCGAGGAAGCGGGGCACUGACCUCAGGCAUGGGUCGCGUCUGGCAUGUAGUUGCACAUACCAGCUUGCAGCUCCUCUCUUUAGUGUGUUGCCGAUGGCUCGAACCCUGCUUGCUUCGGAGGGGAAUGUGUGUGCAUUGUCUUCCAUGUAUCCUCGGAUGCUAAUUAGAAAAAAGUUCAAUUCAGCUGAUUCCCCUCCGUAUUCUAGUUUGAGAUCUUCCCUCCUUGGCAUCCAUUCUGCGGCCCGUUGAUGCUGUUUGGGAGGCAUGGGGAAGGGUUGCAUCGGGUUACCUUGGACGGCCCCUCUGAACACGCCGCGCCCCACUCCGGUAGUCAUUCUGCGCGGCUCCCGAAAUUCUGCCGCCGCUGUCGGCCCUUCCACCCAUCCGCAUACGGGCCUCGCUGUAGCCCCCGCAUCUCGUCUUCCCUCGUCGUACAGCACAUUCUCCUCCUCUUCCUGGAUCUCCUGCUCCUCUCCGCCUUCGUCUGCUAAUCCACUGGACCCGAUCCCUGGCCCCAGUGGUCUUUCCACCCCGACGCCCAUUCGGGGGGUUGGGAGCUCUGUUGGAGAUGGCGGCCUCAGAGUUCCCAGAGCUCGCUGGCGCUCCACUUCGCGUGCCAUUCUGUCUCGGAACUCCAGCUCCUGCCAAUAUUCCUCAUCUCCCUCGCCCCUCGCGGCCACGGGACUCUGCGUUGAUGCUCGCUGGCCCCUCUGGCUCCAAUCUCCUUCUUUACUUGGCUCUCUCUCGGCGCCAUAUCGGAUGGGCUCCUUUUGGAGAUUCUCUUCCAAUAGUGGCACCAACCUCCCUACGGUUUCCGACAGCCUGGAUAAAUUUGUUUCCAGGAUGGAUAACCGCAGGGCCACGGUCUCCGGCAUGCUUCCUCCAGAUCCCCAACUGGUUUCCGCAGCCGCAGAGACGCCUCUUCCUCCCCUGGGAAUCCUCUGGGUCACGCCGUCCGGCCUGGGGUACCCCGUAGAGGAAGCUAUGGCUUGCAGCGUCUCUUCUCCCAACGGCCGGGCCCCUUGCAAAGGCCUCCCUGCUCCAUUUGGGCUUUGAUCUCCUUCUCCACUCAUUAUCACUUCACUGCGAAUUCCGCAGGAGGGUGAGAACGGGAUUCUCGACUUAAAUGUCAGGCUCACUUCAAUGGACCAGUCUGAACGCAGAUCAAAGAUAGCUGCUCUCAAAUCCAAUCUUUAUUGAAGAAUACAUGACUUUGGAAAAGUCGAGAAUGACCUAAUGUUUACAUACACUCAAUUUUAUCACUUCUGAUGCAACGUAAUACCACACGUAAAUAUCAUCAUCAAACCCCACCCUCUGGAUCACAUUACUACCAUUCCCACACACUACAACAAUUAUAAUUGUUUAUACUUUCAACCCUGAGUUCCCAGGCUCAUUUUAUCUUCUCCCGCCAGGUGCAGGGUUAUUUAUGUUAUGAAGCCAGAUUCAGGGCUUGGAAAUUCAGCCCUGGGAUUUGGCUCCAUGACAAUUCUGUAUUAUUCAAUGCAAUCUGCCUCCCGCCUGGAUCCACAGCUGUUUCUCUAGACAGCAAUGUACAGUGGGCCAACAUGCCCAACAACAGCACAAGUGCAGCCACACUCCCAAACAAGUGGCAGACUUGUUGUAAAACAUUAUGUUUUGGUGCUUAAUUUGUAAAAUCAUAGCAUAAUUUGAUGUUUAAUAGGCUUUUCCUUAAUCCCUCCUUAUUAUCCAACAUUUUCGCUUAUCCAAAAUUCUGCUGGCCUGUUUAUGUUGCAUAAGUGAGACUCUACUGUAGUUUUAUCCUGUUUAUUAGCUAAUAUUCUUAUGUAACAUACUGGCUAUAAAUAGAAAAAUAUGCUAGUAACUCUUGUUGGAUUCUUGCCAUCUUAUUCACAUUGUGUUUCAAAAGGAAAGAGGUUACAUAAUCAUAAAUGCCUAAUUACUCAGUUUAUCAACUAACUUUAUAAAACUCUAACCAUUAAGGUGAGAAUUAAUUAAUCAUUUUGUGAACAGAGACUCCUGUUGUUCAUCAGUAUUUUAGUCUCUUUUAAGCUAUUCAGUCCAUUUCAUAAGAAAGCAACUGCAAAAUGAGUGUUCAGGAUCAUGGUUUUAUUAGCAUGUUGUUUUAAAUUGUGGUGUUAUGAUUUUUUUUAAAAAAAAAUACACGGAUGUUUAAAGUAUAAGGGAUAUUUAUCCUUGAUACUUUGAAUUUGAAUUCUUUUAAACUAUAUCACUGAUAGACUAGUCCUCUGUUAGAGAACAAGUAUGAAUCAGUGGGGAACUACAAACUUAAAGAAUAAAAUGAGUUUUAUUCACCUGGCCAUCUUGGGGUUGUUAGACAACCAUACCCUCUUUACAUUUGGUGAUUUUAUAAGUUUAUACAGAUUAUUUCCUCAGCAUAAAAUAUUUAAACAUCUGCUGUCCAAUUAGUUAACUAUCAGUAGUGCUUUAUGCGAAUAUAUCUGUUUUUGGUUCUACCAUUUUACCCAGGCCCGCAGCCCAGGAAACCCAGGCCCGUGAGCCAGACGUGGCCCUUUGGCAUCUCAGGUCUGGCCCCUGUCUGCAUUAGCCCUCCUCUCAGCAUGCAGAAGAGGCAGCCCACAUCACCUAACUAAGAAGAGGGUCAAGGCAGAAACAUGCAGCUGGCAAGAGCUCUCCUGAGCUCUCACCAGACAUGUGUCUUCUCCUUCUCCCCUACUGGGAAAGUGGCGGGCCGCUGUCUCCACAGGCAGAAAAGAGUGCCGAAGGAAAGACAGGUCUCUGCCUUCCUUGGGCCCAGAGAACAGCCAGGGAGAGAAACACACUGCUUCAAGCGUGCUUGACAGCAGCAUGUUUCUGUUGCCCCAGAACAGGGUUUCACCUUGCUCACAGCACCCACCAAGAACCAAAAAUGAAAGUUAAAACAGUUUAUUAAGAAAGCACAUAUAAAAAGGCAAAACACCAUGGAGUAAAUAAAGGGUAAAACCCAAGAGCUAAUAUUGAAGGCAAAAGUCACAAACAAAAAGUCAGUUCAAACUGUUCACAGAAAACAAUCCAAAGGCAGGAUAAAUCCAAAACAAAGCUUAAAACUGGAACAUGAAUCCCUAGGCAAAAUCCAGAAAACCAGGAGCAAAACCUGAACAUGAAUCCCAAAAUAUUCCAUGAAACAAGAUACCAGAAUCUUGACUUGAAUCUUGACUUGAAUGAGGAAUGAGACUGGACGACUUCAUAGGGAAAGCGACGUUGCUACAUCUAAAAUCCCCACAUAGCUUCCUCUGCUUUAAAGACUACAAAGAAUAAAUGCAUUCUUUUGACCUUGUGGGGCCCGCUUUUCUCUCUCUCUCUCUCUCUCUCUCUCUCUCACACACACACACACACACACACACACACACACAAAUUCUCUCUGAUCUUCUGCACCUGAAUCCUUCCCCCCUCAGAGCCAGUCUUGAAUGUGUAUCCAAGUCAACUGCUCCCCUGGAUGUUUGUAGAUGAAAGAUCACCUCCCUGGCUGCUGGAUACAAAAACAGCUCUACUUUCACACAGAGACAUAGCCUGUUGCUCCAACAUCCCAUCCUUUCCCCACUUCUUAGCUGCAUCUGAUUUCAUUAUUCUCCCAGGCUUUAAAACUGCAGGCCCUGAAACUGCACCUGAUCUCUGAGACUCUGAAACCCCAAACCCUCAGCUCCAUCAGGUUAAACCACAACAGUUUCUCUCCUUUCUCUGAGCCUCAGGAAGGCGGGCCAUUGCUUUCCUGGGGCUCAGAAAACAGACGGGGAGAGAAAUACACCUCCACAGCUUGACAGCAGCAUGUUUUUUCCUCUUCUGGGCCUGGGGAAGGCAGGCUACUGCCUUCCUGUGGCCCAGAAGAGCCAGGGAGAGAAACACACCAUUGACAAAUGGCAAUGGCGUGUUUGUCUCCCUGGAGACAGACCCACGCCUUGCCUUUCCUAGCCUCAGCCCCUCCAAAGCUCCAGCCCUGCCCUUCCAACCCUGACCCCACCCCUUUAAGCCCCCAACACUGCCCAUUAUGGUUGCAUCCACACUCUCUUCUAGGCCAGCCCUUGUAGCUGGGCCCACAAGGCGGCCCCACGGCAACAAAUUUUUCCCAUGCUGAGUCUAUAACCAUUUCCUAAGAUCAGUAUGUGAUAAUCCACUUUAAAAAAAUCCUAUACCUUUUGCUACUAGGAUGUUAUAAUUUCAAGACUAUUAAAGUGUAUGUACUUGGCUUACAGUUUUUUGAGGGUGGUGGUGGUGCUUGUAUUGAUUUAUAUUCUCAUAGACACUUUCAUGUUCACCUAAGCAUGAGUAUUAUUUUAAAAAGCCCUUUUGACAUUUUAUUUAAGCAUUUGUUUUGUUUGUAUGUACAGUGUAGUGGAAUGUAAAGGCACAAGGUUCUAUUAAUGACUUUGGGUAAUUGAAUAUCACCAUAAACUCAAGGAAACUUAGGAUAAAAUUCAAUAUCACAGUCAAUAUGGAUUAUUCAAUUUUGUUAGUGUAGUACAUUAGUAUAGUAUUAUUCAAUAUACUUUUACUAAUCCUAUCUGCCUAAAUUGCUACAAAGCUUAUAAAUAAUGGAACACUCUUUGGAAUGUAGUCAGCAGACAUUCAUGAUUAUAGCUCACUGAGACUAGAAUAAGUUGAAAUUUACAAAUCAGGACUUUUAACAAUUCAGUAGUGUUAACAUUUAAUCCUUUAGAGACUGCAAACGGAAUAUUCAGUAUUUCAAAUUAUUUUGAUUUUGGCUGCAGUUUUGCACAUUGGUUGCUUAAAUCCCAUUGAUGUCAGUGGGAUUUAAGUAGCCUAACUGUGCACCUGAUUGUUGCAUAUGUUAACAAAGAGAUUAUUUUUCAAAGUCCUGAAGUUGCCUAACCCAAAUAGGAAAACGUCAUGUAUUGAACCAUUUCUAUAGCAACAUUGUAUAGAUCACCUUACUAUUCUUGUAUUAACUGCAACUCUAAUAUAUGAUGAAUGCAAUAAUACUUUGUAUACAAAAUGUUUAAUAUACAACGUACAGUCUUAUCUAUAUACUCAUUAUUAACUAACAGUAUGUUCAGCCAAGGGACUUCAUGUUUGUGGCUUCGUUAGCCCGUAAUUCCGAACAAAUAUUUUAUUGUGUCUGCCAGUAUAUACAUUCACUUUAAAAAAAAAUAUUAGACAACUGCAUUUAACAAUACAAUGGAAUUUAUAUACAGAUUAGAUGUUCUAAAUUCUAAAAGCAUGUCCGUUACACGUCUUUCCUUCAUCUUCUGUCACAUCUUCUGUAGAUUAUUACUUUCCAGAAGAUUUAAAACUAGGUUUGGAUCUGAUACCUUUUGAACCCUUAUGAAAUAAAAAGGCCCGGCUGUUGUGACUGCGCCUUCGGGGAUUAUGGUUGAUGGUGAUGGGAUUUGAAGAGGAAGAAAAAACCCUCGUGAUGAGGGUUCACUGGAGGAGUUGCGCAGGAAGCGACUUAAAGAGCUAUAUGGGGGAUCUUCUGAGGAAGAUUCAGAUGGGGAGUUUGGGGAAAUCGAUGCUGAGGAACAGAUGGUGGCUGGGGAAGUGGGCACUGAAUGGGCACAGCCACCGGAGAUGUCUGGGGAUUUGGGGCCUAUGGAUACUGCUGAACCUGGGGUUUCUGCAGGAGCUGAUCCCACUUGGGAUGCUUGGAGAAGGGAGGAUGGUUCUUUAAGUGUUCAUGGGGCUAAGUGUGGGCAGGAUGAUUGGGACUCCGACGAAUUGCUAGGUACUCCGGAUCCACGAGCUCUAGCUGUGUGGAGUUCAGACUCUGAGUAGAUUUGGGACAUCUGGUGUUUGGGUGUGAGUGUUUGGUCACCCAGGAGGAAAGGGGAAUAAAAUGGGAAUGUUUGGCCACUGCACUUUGCGUGUGGCAAGGUGUUGCUGAGGCGCCAUUGGGAUCUCUGUGUUUCCGUGAAGACUGGAUUUGGACUGUGAUUCGGAUGUAAGUUAUCUGGGACUGUUCUGCAGCAGAGGGAUGGAACUGUGUGGGUUUCCCUGGACUGCGUUCUGAUUACUAUUUCUAGCUGCUGAUACCAUCUGGCUUGGCUCUCGCUGUGUCUUAUCGUGGACCUGGUUUGGAUGACUGCACCCUCUUCGGACUUUGGAUUGAAUUUGACCUGGCUUCUGUCUACGCCCUCUGACUGACGACUGCUCCCGGCUUCUGACUUCUGGUUUGCCUUUCGGAAUUUGCUGCUGCCUCCUGACCUGACCUUGGAUUCUCCUGACGACGGCUAUUCAUCAUCCCUUUGAAGCUUUCGGCUUUAUCUGCACCGUGGAAGCAGCUUACUGCUCUUCUAGUUUGUUUGUUUUCAAGCCAGUUUGCUGUUUUUCUUUUGGGAACUGUCCCUUUAAAUCCGCAGAAUCGGCUGUCUGUUUUCAGAAACGGUUUGGAGCCAAAAGAGGCUUUUGCACUUUCAGUUAUACUCUGCAGCUUCUGGAAGGUUUCAAGCCUUCGUUUAUUUUGCAUAUUUUCUUGCAGUCAACUCUAUUUGUUCUCCAAAGGUGAAUUGAAGCAUCUUUUAGUUUUUAUUGAAUGCCAGCAUGGGAAAAUAGCGUGGCUUGUUUUUGAGUUAUUUUUGUCCAAACUACUCUUGAAACACUGAUAAGUGAAGUGUUUCAAAGAUACUUUCUGUGUUUAUGUUAUUUUUGGCUUAUCUUCGGAAUAAACUCUGUUUUGUUUGUUAACUGGCGUCUGACUCUUGACACCGGCAACAAAUCUAUGGUGCGAAGGAGCCAUUAUUUUACCUAUUUAAGUUUGUUGAACAUCUGGAACCUACAAGAAAAGGGGGGUUAAAUCCACCUAAUGUGUUUAAUUGAGGGAUAGGUGCUCCUUCACUGGCUACUUCCACAGACCACCUUUGGGCCAACACCUCCACCCUGAGGGUGAUCCAAACUAUAGGGGUUGCUCACCCCAGCCGGUCUUAACUGGAAGGGCCUCCCGGGGAUGCUCCCUCCCAAACUACAGAGUUUUACAAGAGUAAGAAGUCCCCAUUCUAUCUCCAAGCAGUGCCCCCUUCACAGUCCCCCCAAGCCUGAUUUAGAGGGACAGUACCAGGAGCCCACCCUUCACCCGCAAAGGGCAUGCCAUGGUGCUUACUGAAUCUAAUUUAAUUUUUUACAUGCUAGAACACCCUAUUUAAGUGACAUCAACAUAAGCCAAUUAACACAUCUGACAGAAACCAUAUGUGCUAGGCAAAAAACCCCAUGAAGUAGAAAUGGGAGAGGGGGAUUCCCACGUGGCCCUGACAUUACUUGACCAGUUUUAAAUUCACACAAUCCUCAGGGUGGUAGGAUGGUCACACUGAAUAAAAGGAGACCACUGAAUAAAAGGAGACUGUUAUAAGGGAUAGACCCAGUAUAUGUGCUUCUGCACUCCUCAUCACAUUCAGGGGAAGGUUCAGUCCGCCAAUACCCUUGGAGCUCCAUCUGGUUUCCUUCAUGUGGCCUUGGGCUUCAGGUUGGGCUUUCAUCAACAGUUUCUGCUGAGAAAUCUGGUGUUGGACUCCUCUGAGGGAAAACAUUGUAUUGAGCCGGCUCAAGUAAAAUAAACUCUUAACAUAGGGUUUUCUUGGCAAGAUUUAUUCAGAAGAGGUUUUCAAUGCCUUCCUCUAACAUUUAGAGACUCAGAAGGACCCUACUGUUUUCCAAGGCUCCUAGUCCAUCACAAUGUCUAUACCGAACUGACGCUCCAUCCAAACCUAGAUCUUAAUAACGGUAAUAAAAUGUGAUUUAUAUGUAGUUGGCUCUCUAUACAAGCCUUUCAAUAAUGACAAUAACUGUGUGGGUUAUAUGUAGUAGGUUAGAAAUAAAUUCCAUUACAUUUAGCAGGGUUUAUAGCAUGUUAAGCAAGUCAAGAUUAUAACCUUAGUGCUUAUUUCAGGAAACAGUUAUAGUUGCUACCUAAGUCAUCUACUCAUUCAAUCUACAUUCCAAUUAUAUAUUAUUAUUGUUACUAGAAUGACUGUGUCACACAGAUUUUGGAUCAAAGGGAAAUUUUUGUUAGGCUUCUUAAAAUUGCAUCUCAUGGUCUGGUAAUAGAUUUGAAUUGUCAAUUUGUUGUGAUAAACAUGUUGUCUGUGUGUGCGCAUGCAUGCAGUAUUUAAUACUGUAAAUUUUAUAUAUACUAGCUGUGCCCAGCCACACGUUGCUGUGGUGUUGUCUGGUGGUGUUGGUGAGAAAUUGUUGAGGUAGUGGUGGUAUUGAAUGUCUGUUGUAUGGUUGUCUUUAUGUUUAGUAUGCAUUUGGUUGUUUGUGUACUGUGUAAGUGGUGAGGGUAGAGGGGGUCUAUGUCCCCGUGUAGUAUUGUAUAGUAUUUAUAUGUUGUCCAUGUGUUGUGAAUGCUUGGAUUGUGUCCUGCUGCAUAGUAGAAAGGGUUGGGCUGGAUGGCCUUUAGAGGUCUCUGCAAACUCUUGGAUUCUAUGCUUCUAUUAUUAUUAUGACACAGCAAACAAGAUAGAUAUGCUGGAUUCAUAUCACAAAAUCACAAGUCGAACACUUCCCAAGUGUCUAGGACUGUGUGAUGUAUUUUCGGAUGAUGCGCGCAGAUCCCAGCAGGGUGGCCUUUUGCAGUUGGCAGAUCGUGAUUUUAUCAAUGUCUAUUGUUUCCAAAUGCUGGCUGAGAUCUUUUGGCAUGGCACCCAGUGUGCCCAUCACCACUGGGACCACCUGCACUGGUUUCUGCCAGAGUUAGAUUAUUAUUAUUAUUAUUAUUAUUAUUACUAUUAUUAUUAUUAUCAUGUUCAUCAUCAUCAUUAUUAUGUAGAGGCUGGAUGGCCAUCUGUCAGGAGUGCUUGGAUUGUGUCCUCCUGCAUGGUAGAAGGAAGUUGAUCUGGAUGAUCCUUAGGGGUCGCUCCAAACCUUAGGAUUGUAUGAUGUUGUUAUUAUUAUUAUUAUUAUUAUUAUUAUUAUUAUUAUUAUUAUUAGCAUUGAGAGGCUGGGUGGCCCUCUGUUGGGAGUGCUUGGCUUUUGUCCUGCAUGGCAGAAUUGGGUUGGACUGGAUGGCCUUUAGGGAUGUCUCCUAAUUGUCUGAUGCUAUGAUUCGAUGUGUAUUAUUAUUAUUGUGCAGAUAUUAGAUGGACAUCUGUCAGGAGUGGUUGGAUUGUGUCCUCCUGCAUGGUAGAAGGAAGUUGAACUGGAUGAUCCUUAGGGGUCUCUCCUAACCCUAGGAUUGUAUGAUGUUAUUAUUAUUAUUAUUAUUAUUAUUAUUAUUAUUAUUAUUAUUGAGAGGCUGGGUGGCCAUCUGUUGGGCGUGCUCGGAUUGUGUCCUCCAUGGCAGAAUUGGGUUGAACUGGACAUUAAUUAUUUCAUAUUACAGUAGAAUCUCACUUAUACAACAUUCGCUUAUCCAAUGUUCUGGAUUAUCCAAAACAGUCUGCCUUUUAGUAGUCAAUGUUGUUGUAGUCAGUGUUUUAAAUUCAUUGUGAUAUUUUUGUGGUAGAUUUCUUAAUCAGUACUUACUACAUAGUAUUACUGCACAUGGAACUACUUUUUCCGUCAAAUUUGUUGUAUAACAUGAUGUUUUGGUGCUUAAUUUGUAUAAUGAUUACCUAAUUUGAUGUUUAAUCGGCUUUUCCUGAAUCCCUUCUUGUUAUCCAACAUAUUCACUUAUCCAACGUUCUGCCGGCCUGUUUAUGUUGGAUAAGUGAGACUCUACUGUAUAUUUAUAAUCUUAUAUUAUCUGCUUAGAACUGGAUUAUAUGAGGCCCCUUCUACACCACUGUAUAAAAUGCACACUGAAGUGGAUUAUAUGGCAGUGUGGAGUCAAGAUAAUCCAGUUCAAAGCAGAUACUAUAAGAUUAUAAAUGGGUUAUAUAUCUGUGUGGAAGGGCCUUGAGUCUACACUGCCAUAUAAUCCAGUUCAAAUCUGAUAAUCUGUAUUUUAUAGGCAGUGUGGAAGAGGCCUAAGUGAAGCCUAACUGUGCCUGUCCCCUGGGCUGAGUAGGUUGCUAGGAGACCACGUGGGCGGAGCUUAGCCUUCUAACUGGCAGCAAUUGGAUAAAAACAUUUAUUCCUCUCCCUCUAAUUAGGAUUUUUUUCUUUUUUUUUCUUUUCUUGUAUCAACGUAGAGGCAUGGAUGAGGGGUUGUGCUGUCAAUUUUCAAGGUUGGGGGGCCUUUAGUUUUGUUGUUUUGUUGGUUGCCGGGAUUCCAUCACUCUUUUAUAUAUAUAUAUAUAUAUAGAACAUAUGUUUUACAAUCAGAUAUUUCCUUGGCAGAAUGGUAUUAAGUAACUAUAUGUUUUAAGCUUGACUAAUGUAUUUUAUGGAUUAUUGUUAAUGGUUUUAAAUGUGUUGCUGUUUUUAUCGAUUUGUUUGGCAUUGAAUUUUGCCGGUUGUUGUAAGCCGCCCUGAGAGAAGGGCGGGGUAGAAAUGUUGUAAAUAAAUAAAUAAAAAUCAUGUACAUCCUUAGAUUUUAAAAAAACAAAUUAAUAAAAUAUAGGACAUCAGAUUUUAAACAUUACACAGAAUUCAUGAUUUAUUUGGCACACAUAUAUUCUUUGCAGCAAACCUGUGCUACUGAAAAUAAUAAUAGAAUGCCAUAUUGAUCUUUUACUUACAAACUAUUAAAUGUUUGAUAUUGACUAUGAUGGCACAACUGUGCAUAUGUGAUAUAUCAUGUGUUUGAUUUAAUGUAAUUAUUGUGUCUUUCUCACUAAAAGAAAUUGGUACUAGUAGUCACCCUACUGUCUCACUUGAGAAGCUGUCAUUUUCUCCUGGGUUAUCUAGUUGCAACACCUCUGCGUUGUUGUUUCUUUUAGCAAAAGAAAUUCUUCUUUGUAACAGUUUGUCUAGGAUCUUUCCCUUGGAUCACAUGUUUGGGUGGGGAUAGAAAAAAAACUCACUUUUGUAGAAAUAAAAAAAAACUCCUUGAUCAUCAGAAUGUGGACAGGGAUACUUUUUUUUUUAGUUAAGAGUUCAAAGCCUUUAAGAAGAAGUAUGUAUUAAGCUCAGUAUGUGAGUAAUGUAUAUCAUAAGAUGUGACAAGUUACCUAGUGGAAGUCAUGACUGGUGCUGGUAAGAGAUGGCAACUUGCAGUGCAGAAUCUUUCUUGCAUGAAGGCAAGCUUUUGUUCUCCAUUUAUAAAGCUCUCUUUCUGCCUUUUCCCAACUGCAAACCAGAUUUUGUAAAAGAGUCUCUCAGAAUUCACAACCCUUACUGUUUCCAUUUCAUCUCUUCUUGUUUCCGCUAUUUUGAUGCUUGGAAAAUAUAAUUUCUGGUGUAGGCCAAUAUUAUGGAUUUUGUUAUAUAAUGAUAUCAAGCUUCUUUUUUUAGGGUGGGUGGGGCUGGAUAGAAGGCAGAAAGAAUCUGGUGUACUAUGAUGUAUUGCAUUUAAUUAUUUUCAAGGAAAAUUAAAAGCUGCAAGAUAGGAAUAGUGACACUCCAGAAUAAAAACAAAAGUGGAUUCAUGUUGUGGAUUGAUACAUGGUUUGUUUAAAAAGGGUAUACACCUUUAAAAAGAAUAAAUUUUGAACAAACUUCUAUUUUGUUUGCACAUAACAAAUCCACAAAAACACUGAUUUGUGAAUAAACAUUUAUUAAAACAAUAAUAUUCUCAAGAAAUGGAUAAUUACUUUACUAUAGAUUCUUGUGUCUUUUUAUAAAAAGCUUCAUUUAUGCAGUUACAUUUAUUACCAUUUUUUAAAAGACGCACAAGGAAAAGUACCAUAUAAUCAAAAUAAUAAAAUAUUUAAAACAAUAAUUUUAAAUAGUAAAACCAUAAUGGCACUUUUAAAAAGCCCUAAAAGACCAAAAUUAAAAAACACAAGAGCUUUUCAUAGAUUGGGAUCCUCUUCUCUGCAUGUUCAUAAAGUGGGAUUACUCAGAUAAUGCAAUCUCCAUGAUUAAAUUCUCCCAUAGAUCUUAAUAACAAGGCCUAUUUACACUUAAAGAUUUGGACCCAUUCCUUUUAUUAGCUUGUAGCAUCAGGAAAACCUGGCCACACCCAGAACCAUCCAUAGUAGCACAGAUAGAAAGAAUACUUGCAUAGUAGCACAGAUAGAAGUUGAAAAUGCACUAUACUCUACAUUCAUGUGGCUUUUCCAGGUGUCAAACCUCUUCUGAAUGAAUCCUGCCAAGAAAAUCCUGUGAUACGUUUUCCUUAGGGUCACCAUACGUUGGAAAUGACUUGAAGCAUGCAACAACCUGAUCCUAAAGGGCUACAACUUUCUCUAAUAAUAGUGAUUUGAUUAAAUAGCUUUUUGAAGAUACUGGAAUAACUUUGUUGGGACUAAGAGAACACAAAUCUGGGAAAUGAUGCACAUGUUCAAGGCAGUACAGUGCAAAUGCAAAUACGUUAACAAAAUGAAGGAUGAAAAUGUUUGUGUUAAAGUGGUUUGCUCUUCACUUUAUCAUCCUUUUUAUCAUUCAUAUUAUCAACAAAUAGAUAAGCCACUCAGCUCCAGAGUGAAGUCAGUGAAGUGUAGAACUACAUGGCCCUGUCAAAUUGAUAGAGUGAAGAUGUGGAAUGAAAUAAUGGAAACUUUCUAUUCAAUAAGAACUGGAAUACAAACAUAAUAUUUUAACCAUUUAUCAGCAUUGAUUGCCUUGACGCUUGAGGCUUAGAUCAGAAUUUAUGCUGAACGGAGGAGGUCAAAUUAUAAAUGUUAUCACUUAGUGCCAAAGUAUUCUUUAAAAUAUUCACUGACGUUCUUUUGUGUUGUGGUAGAGUAGAGAAAUUCAGUCUUUCUUAACCUUGAGCAGAAAUAAUUGUCUGUUGAAUGUAUACCAGCUUCUGUAACUAGUUUUCUGGUAACUCGUACAAAUAGGGAUAUAGUUGGAAACUACACAUUUUAGAGAUGGACAAAAUGGUACACUGCUGGUUGAAUACUGCUGUUUUAUCUACAGCAAUUGUUGUAUUUUAUUGUUUUUACCAGAGGGUAUUGUGAAUUUAUAAUGUUGUGUUGCCUGUUUAUUACCUAUGUUUUGUUUUACACUUGUUGUAUUUUGUAUUAUGUGUCACACCUUGAGUGUUUUGUGAGCCGCCCCGAGUCCCUCUGGGAGAUAGUGGCAGGAUAUAAAUAAAGUUUUAUUAUUAUUAUAUUAUACACUGGUGUCCAUACAGUGGUGUCCCUACCCAUUGUAUGGUUAUCAGCAAAACCAAGUUUGCAUGUUAUGUGAAUUAUAGAGAAAUUCUGCUCCUUCCCCCUCCCCACAAACACACACAAAUAUUGCCUGGCAAAUCAUAGUUUUCACAGCUGCAUGAGGGGUGGAGGGAGCACAUUCACCACAUCUGGAGGAGGAGGCAGAGGAGGAGGCAGCACCAGUGGAAGCAACAAAAGCAGCAGUAUUAUCCACUAGGCCAGUGCCAAGCCCAAACCUGAGGCUCUGCCCUCCUCCUCCUCCUCCUUGUCCUCUUGCCCUCGAUGGCAGUGGCUCAAACAGCAACCAUAGCUGCAGCCAAGGGAAAAAGAGGAGGAGCAGGACAGCUAGGAUGGGUUCAGAGGGACCCCCAGAGGGCAUUUAUUUAUUUCAUCCCCCUUCAGCUAGGCAGGAAUGCACAAUCAAAGCACUCUUGGAUGGCGAUCCAUUUUCCAUUUAAAAACCUUCAGAGGGGUUUAAUUACUACAGAAGUGGAGUGCUAGUGCUGUUCAAGUGUAGGAACUGUUAUAACUUUUAUAAUUUGCACAAUUUUUGAUCGAGUUGCAGUAAUUAUGACUACAAUGGUUACAUUUCAAAUUUAGAAAAAAUGUGUUGACAGUGAUAUUUGUGAUUAAUCACAUGGAGUAGCUAUAAACUACACAAGAUUAAAUUCUACUGCAUAAGAAGUGUAAAGAAAAAUUUCCACACCUUGUUUAUGUAGUAAAAGUUACAUAAUUAUAUAAUUAUAUAAAUAUAUAUGCACAGUGCCAUUUUUCAAAAUGGAAUCUGGGAAAUUUAGCUGAUUCUGCAAUUGAAUGUUGCAAUGGGGUGGGCAGCAGGUCUCAAAUUGCAGGCAGCAGGUUUUCCCCCCUUAGCCUUGUCUGAGCCAAUCUGAGCAAAAAAGCAGCUCAUGUGUCUUUUUGCCAAGCUGGUCUAUAUAUACCAGGGCAAGCUCCUCCAUUUUCCUGUGGCAUCCUGGCUUGAGAGAGAGAAAGAGAGAGGGAGGGAGAAGAGAUCAUGUGCUAGCUAACGCUUUUCCUUUGAUAAUUUAAUUAAAAUUUCUUAGUUUAAUAUCUUUCAGUUCUUCUUUUUUAUUAUUUUGCUGGGGAAGUGAGGGUGGGCAUGCAUUGGGGGGGGGUGAAAAGGCAUUUUGAGGGGUAUUUGUUCAUUUUUUUAAACUUUGUGUAUAUGUGUGUUUGGGGGGGGGGUGUUUAGAAGGGAAGAGAUAACUUGACUCUGUUGAGUUCCCACAGGGAUAAUUCAAUCCCUCCCCAGCCCUAUCUUAUCUCUUGCUUGUGUACUCUGUCUUGGACCUUCCUUCCUCCCCAAAAAUAUUUUCAAAAAUGUAUUACAACUAAAGCCCUUUCUUCUCAUUCACCUCUUUGACUGAUUAAUUUAUCCCCCUCCUCUGCCCUACCUUCUGGCAUGUGUGUACUCUGUUCACCUGGCUUCUGUGCAUGUCUGUAUCUUCUGGCUAGUGUGCACUCCUGCACCAUUCUAGCAGCCUCCCCCCCCCCCAAACAAUUAUUUUUAAAAAUAAAAAAAUAAAAGUUCUUGUAAGUUGGUUCACCUCCUCUCUUUUUUUGUGUGUCUUCUGUGUGCGUGCUCCUUCUCUCACACAAUAAGCCUGAGCUUAUCCCCCUAUAUAAAAAGUAAUAACUAGAAAUAUAAAAUAAUAAAACUCUGAACAUUUCCUAUAAAUUGUGGGAUGUGUGGAUCUUUAUGACAAUUGGGAGGAAUGAUGCCCUGCUGCUGCUCCUAUACUGUCCCUGUGGAAAUAUUCCAGGGGAUACCUUUUUGGGAGCCCUUUGCCAGCAAUGGGCUGGAUCUUCCCGGAGCGAAAAUUUGAUUUUGUGGCUGCCAGAUUGAAAAAUGGCAUUUUGUUUUCCCAAAUUCAGGCAGUUCCUGAAAAAAUAGAAUGGGUGCACCUGGAAAUCUGACACCAAAAACAGCACGGGAUUUACCCAAAUUGCACACCCCUGUAUGAAACUCUUAUAAGGAAUCUGUGUAACCUCCAGUUUGCUGGUAAAACUGAAUUGCCAUAUAGAAAAAAGAUGAAUAUGAAAAAAGUGUGUCACCAACAUGAAAAGUUAGGAAGCCUCUUCUCUAAAACAUCAAGAAUGGCAGAAUGACAGACAGCAGGGGAAAACAAACAGGGAGAUAGAGAGGCUUUGUCAAGAGAAGUGAAGGCAGCAAAAGGUCCAUAAGUCAGGAAAUCUAAUUCAGUUACAUUGGUGGAAGGGGGAAAACUAAGUAUUAAGUUCAUGUUUGAUUGCCAUUUAAGUUUAUAUCAAAUACCUGCAAUAAAAGCUUUCCAGAACAAAGCAAGAGAGCAGAAUUAUUUCAGACCCACACUCAUGUGGCUUUUUUAAGUUUGGGAGAGAAAAAAAACUGAAUGAGAAAACCCAAAUGCUCAUCUGGUUAUUUAUUUAUUUAUUUAUUUAUUGCAUCAUUUCUACCCCACCCUUCUCACCCAUCAGGGGACUCAGGGCGGUCAUCCCCUUCUUCUUCUCAUUUACUCUCUUUUAUUCUUUAUUCACCUUACUCAGUCUGACAUGAUCAGAGAGCAAGUCCCACUUGAUUAUUUGUAUGAAAAUACUAACUCCUUCCAUGUUGCCCUGGUUUUUACAUCUUCAGCUUUGAAUUAAACUAAGCUAUCUUACUGAAUUCUCAAGCUAUUUUUAAAAAGGUUCCUAUUGACAUUUCACAUAAUUGUCACAUAUCGCAAAAGCUUUCCUUAAAGUCCUCAUGGAACAUCCUCUUAAUUUAGCAUGUAUUCAAAGUAAAUAUUACUGCACAAUCCCACUUGUUAUGUCAUAGUGCAUCACUGUUCUUGUGGAAGAGAUGAAAUGUAACACAUGCUUGUAUAAUGUAAUCAGUAGUGAUCACAAAAAGAAAAAACUCCUAAGAUAAGGCAUUUUUUCUUCUAUUUCAGAAAGCAUUUUUGGAGUAAAUCAAUUUGUUAGUCCAAACUAGAAUAGAACAGAGCCCAGGUCAGCAGGAUAAUUUGCUAAAUGGUAAAUCAACAAUGGGAAUUGGAUUUGGCCAACAGUCUCAAAGACAUGUCUAUCCAAGUUCUUGAAUCAUUAAAAUUCAAUUCCUCAGAAAAUUUAAUGUUUUGAAUAUGCAGAGUUCAAGUUAACAAUCAUGGAAUGUAAGUGAAUGUAUUAGGGUCUUUUUGACUUUAGUUUUAUUUCCUCUGGCAAAACUGUAGUAGAAAAGGAGGAACCUAAUGUAGUAAUCUAUGAAAAAGAGGGUUAUAAAUUUGAUUCUCUGAAGUCUGGAUUUCCUUUCCUUGUGGCCAUGGGGUAUGUAGCUUCUACCAACAUUUUGAUUUAAGCAAUAUUCUUUCAUUGGGCAAUUAUGAUACAUAUUGACCUACCAUCAAUUAUACUAGAAUGCAGAAGUGCAAAAUGUAAAUACAGCCUCUCUCUUUUUCAUAUAAUAACAAUAUUACAUGAUUGUGAUGGUGAGCACAAGUUCUCUGUUAGCUGCACCCUAACUAUUGGAUCAAAAUGAUAUUUAGAAUAAUGAUAUUUGGAAUUUAUUUUAGGGCCUAAGUUAAAUGUCCCAUUAAACUGAGAAUGGUUUUUUAAAUAAAAAAAUCCUUCCAGUUUAUUUAAUACACCAUAAAUGCAGGUUCUAGUUAUAUUAUAACAUCAGUUUAAGUUGAUGUUGACCUAUGCAGAUAAGUAAUUGCAAAUGCAAACAACCAAUAUGGUGCUGUCAAUAAUAUUGAACAUUUGAGAGGUGAAAUGACAGAACAAAUACAGACUAUUUUGGACUUCUUACGUGUUCUGGAUAAGGGCUGGCUUAUACAGAUGUGUGUCCUUGGUAUCUGCUGCAGUUUGGUCCCAGGAUAUUUAUUUAUUUAUUUACAUCACUUUUACCCCGCCUUUCUCUCCGAGGAGACUCAAAGCGGCUUACAGUAAAUGGCAAAAAUUCAAUGCCUAAAAACAAUGUAAAAACAACAAUUCAUAUAAAACAAUCUACAAAACAGUUCAUGUAAAACAGAUACCAUUACAAAAUAAAAUCACAUUAUAUAAAAUUUUAAGAAUGUCCAAGAUUAAAAUCCAUUCAUCCAGAAUCCUCAAGUCUUCGUACAGGUCAUGUAAAGUCCAUGUUCUCAUUCAUUAAAAGCUUGCGUGCACAACCAUGUCUUUAAGGCUUUCCUGAAGCCUAGGAGAUUUGGUAUCUGCCGUAAGUUGCUGGGGACAGUGUUCCACAGCCGAGGAGCCACCACCGAGAAGGCCCUGAGAGCAGGGCCUCCCCCGAUGAUCUAAGAGUUCUAGAAGGCUCAUAGGGGGAGAUACGUUCGGACAGGUAAGAUGGGCCAGAACCAUUUAGGGCUUUGUAGGUCAAAACCAGCACUUUGAAUUGAGCUCAGUAGCAUAUCGGCAGCCAGUGGUGCUGACUCAACAUGGGAGUAGUACGCUCCCUGUAAGCUGCUUCUGUUAUUAGUCUGGCUGCCGCCCGUUGUACUAGUUGGAGCUUCCGAGCCGUCUUCAAAGGCAGCCCCAUGGAUGCUCAAGUCCCAUUAUAUACAAUGGUGUAGUACAAUUGUGUCUCUUAAAUAAAAUGGUAAAAAUCAAGGUUUGUUUUUGGAUUAUUUUAAAAAUAUUUUCAAGCUUUGGAUGGUUUAAUUCAUUUAUAUAGAGAGCUGACUGCAUCAGUCUUUUUCAUUAUAAAAUGUCCUAAAUCAUUGGUCCAUCUAAUUUAGUGUCCUGAAUAAUUGGUCCAUCUAAUCCAGUGGUCUAGUUUGACUUGCAACAGCUUUUCAGGUUUCAACAGCAUCCUUUCUUAUCCUUACCUGAGAUUAUGUUACUUGGGAAUUCCCUUCCAGAAAUCAGUGAAACUCAUGCUUAACUUCUUAACUUGGAUAGGACUGAUGUUUUUGUGAUUGUACUGUUUUAUUGAAAAUAAGUUCUCUACACUCAGUAGAGUAUAGACUUUAGGCUCACAAGAUCCAUUUUACUUUUUUCUAUAACACAAGAGAGAGCCAGCAUUGUGUAGUAGUUUGGGUACUGUGGAUUGCAAUUCUGGCAACCAGGGUUUGAAUCCUCACUUAGCCAUGGAAACGUACCUUGGACAAAUCACAGUCUCAGAGGAAGGAAUGCUCAAUUCUUCUCUAACAAAUAAGAGUCCAUGAUAACUUUUCCUUAGGGUUGCCAUAAGCCACUCAAGAACAGGAGCACAUGAUCUGCCAAUUAUUUGAGAUUAAAGAGUGACUUGGAAGCAAGAUAUGUUGGUAGAAUUGAGAAGAAAAGUGCCUCUGAACAGUUGCCCAAUUCUCUGAUGAACGCAAGCAGCAAUGUAACUCAUUGGAAUACAAGCAGCCAGAGUGUAGCAUAGAAUCAGCCAUUCAGCCACAAAUUUAUGGCAAUAAAAUCUGCAAUAGUGCAGUAUUGCAUAAGAUAGCAACAGACCGUACUGGAAAUAAAAAUAGAGGAAGAGUACUAGAGCAUUCUGUUCAUAUGUCUUUGGAAAAUCCACCAGCAGAGCAUGUGUGUAACUUCAGUCUCUCAUUCUAUAGCAAGUGAUAUGCAGAGGCAUUCAGGCUUUGAUACUGGAGGUGAUACAUAGACAUCCUGACUUGUAGCUAGGUCCAUGAAUGUCUAUAAUACCAUUUUAAAGCUCUCCAGGUUGUCAGCCAUCUCUGUGCUUUGUAGCAUUGAACUCCACAGUUCAGUUAUGCAGUGUGUGAAGAAGUUCUUCCUUUUAUCUGUCUUGAGUCUCCCACCAUUCCGCUUCAGUGGAAGACCCCAGGCUCCCAUAUUAUGAUAGAGGUGGAAAAGGUUAUCUCCACUUCUAUUGUGCAUAGUUUUUCAGACUGUAUAAUAUCUCACCUUAUUUGUCACAUUUUCCUAAACUAGGCUCUUGUAAUAUAUCUGUUAUAUAGAACUACAGAUAACACAGACACAAAAUGUGUACACCCUUUAAGAUCUAAUAGUAGUCAUGGUGAUUAUUUGAAGGUUAAUACAUUCAUAUUGAAGAAUAGAUUAUAUAAUAAUGAUUUAAUCAGAAUUACAAAUUUCAUCUUAAAUUACAUUUUUAUGCAAAAUGCUCAAAUAUCUUUAACAGAUAUUUCCAAGGUUACUUUAAAAUGCUUGUACAUAUAAACAUUGCUAACAGAAAAAUAACUCCCAAACUGUUAAUUUUAACAUUCAAUCCUAUAUAUGUUCUUAGUACUCUUAAUUACAAAAUUUAUACUUCUAUAAUCUAUAUUAAGUGGUAUUUUAUUAUUAUUUCUGAACCCUUUACCUGCUUUAUGGAAAUAAAAGAAAUUGUAAUUCAGUGACUUGUUUAUCUUUAAGCACUCUUUAGUCUCUUUCGUUUAGGUCACAAAACCGCUGUGCUAAUGAGAGUCAGUACACUUGCUCUAUUUUAGUAUUUUAGUAGUCCAUAUUAGUAAAUUUGGAGGCUCUGUCUGAAUAUAUGUGCAUAUGUGUCUGCCAUGAUCUCUACAUAAAAAUACAAACUUUCCUCACUGUAGCUCUUCAUAUCCUGUAUAAAAUUGCAGCUGAGGAAGAAAGGGGAUAGAUGUCAUGGUCUGCAGUUCCCAGCAGACUGCCUGCCCUCAUUCAGCCACUGCUGAAAGCUCACUUUUAGCAGAAGCAGACACUUCCCAGCAUGUUGAGCCAGCUAAUGAAGGGUUAACAAUAUCUCCUCCUGUGGAACAGGGAAGGUCUCACAAGUCUCAGAGAUUAGCUGUGAAUAGAUGAUGAAACAAGCAGCAACUGAAACCUUAGGAUAAUACCUCUAUGUCAGUGGUUCUCAACCUCUGGGUCCCCAGAUGUUUUGGCUUAUUUAUUUAUUUAUUUAUUUACAUCAUUUCUACCCUGCCCUUCUCACCCGUAGGGACUCAGGGCAGUUUAAAACAGUCGGCAAUUCCAUUGCCCCAAAAACACAUUCAAUAAACAAUGGCAGUUCAAUAAAACAAUAACAAUACCAAAAUCAAUUAAAAGUUAUAUUAACUCUAUUAAAACAUGAAUUAUAAAUAAUAUUAAAAUGCACGAGUAAUUAGAGUCAUACGCUGACGCCUUUUGCAUACGCCUUGAUUCGGCCAUAUCAUCUCAGAUAUUUAUUCCUCAAAUGCUUGAGUACACAGCCAUGUCUUGACUGCUUUCCUAAAACUUAGGAGUGUUGGGGCUUGUCGAAUACUACUGGAGAGAGCAUUCCAUAGCCAGGGAGCCACUACCGAGAAGGCUCUGUCCCUCGUUCCCACCAGCCAAGCCUUCGAGGCAGAUGGGACCGAGAGCAGGGCCUCUCCAGAUGAUCUCAACAACCUAGUUGGUUCAUAAUAUUGGUUCAUGGUAUUGGGUGACUUCAGCAUCCAUGCUGAGGCCACCUUGACAGGUGCUGCUCAGGAAUUCAUGGCCGCCAUGACGACCAUGGGGCUGUCCCAAGUAAUAUCGGGUCCCACCCAUCAAGCUGGUCAUACACUCGACCUGGUUUUUGUUGUGGGCGACAGUUUGGUCAGAGUGGAAGAGCAAACUAUUCUUCCAUUGUCAUGGUCUGACCAUUAUCUGAUCAGUUUAAGACUCACCGUGUCCUUAAACCUCCGCAGGGGUGGUGGACCCAUUAAGAUGGUCCGCCCCAGGAGACUUAUGGAUCCUGAGGGACUCCUGACAUCUCUUGGGGUUCUGUCUGCUAUGGAGGCUGACGAUCCUGUCAAUGCCUUGGUCGCUCGUUAUAACACCGAGUUGUCCAGGGCUAUUGACAUGAUCGCUCCCGAACGUCCACUCUCGCUGUGUGGAGUUGCCCCGGCUCCCUGGUUCACCGGGGAGCUGGCAGAGAUGAAACGUGGGAGAAGGAGACUAGAGUGUCGUUGGCGGAGAACUCGUGGCGUUUCUGACCGAGCACGGUCUAAAGCCGCUAUUAGGGCUUAUUCCGCAGCGUUGUGGGCAGCCAGGAAGGUUUUCACGACUGCCCGCAUCGUGUCUGCAACAAAUAGAUCUUCUGAGUUGUUCCGAGUUGUUGGGGAGCUCCUCCACCCUUCUCAGGGUGGGGAGGCACCUGACUUCUCAGCAACUCGGUGUAGCGAGUUCGCUCACCAUUUUGCCUAAAGUCGCUCAGAUUUGUUCCGACUUGGACGCCAAUCUUGAAGCAUUGCCAGGUGAGGUAACCGAGGCAUCUGUCUGUUCGAUCUUGUGGGAUUCGUUUCAGUUUGUGCAACCUGAUGAUGUGGACAAGAUUCUUGGAGCGGUGAGGGCGACUACCUGUGCCCUUGAUCCCUGCCCAUCUUGGCUUUUAAAACAGGCCAGUGGUGGGUUAGUUGAUUGGUUUGUGGCAAUAAUUAAUGCCUCCUUGGGGCAGGGCAAAUUUCCAUCCAGCCUAAAACAAGCCGUGGUAAGGCCUAUUUUGAAGAAGGCCUCAUUGGAUCCGACCAAUCCUUGUAACUACAGGCCAAUCUCUAACCUACCAUUCUUGGGCAAGGUCUUAGAGCGGGUGGUUGCCUCUCAGCUCCAGGGAUUCUUGGAAGAUACGGAUUUUCUGGACCAAUCACAGUCUGGCUUCAGGCCUGGGUUCAGUAUCGAGACGGCUUUGGUCACCUUGGUAGAUGACCUCUGCAGGGAGCUGGACAGGGGGAGUGUGACCCAGCUGGUUCUCUUGGACAUCUCAGCGGCUUUCGAUACCAUCGACCAUGGUAUCCUUCUGGGGCGGCUCUCUGGGAUGGGCCUUGGGGGUACUGCACUGCAGUGGCUCCAGUCCUUUCUGGAGGGCCGUUCCCAGUUGGUGAAGCUGGGGGACACCUGCUCGGACCCCUGGCCAUUGACCUGUGGGGUCCCGCAAGGUUCUAUUUUGUCCCCCAUGCUUUUUAACAUCUACAUGAAACUGCUGGGAGAAGUCAUCCGGAGUUUUGGAGUUCGGUGCCAUCUCUACGUGGAUGACGCCCAACUCUACUACUCUUUUCCACCUAAAUCCAAGGAAGCCCCUCGGAUUCUGGACCAGUGUCUGGCCGCUGUGUUGGCCUGGAUGAGGGUGAACAAACUGAGACUUAAUCCCGACAAGACAGAGGUCCUCCAGGUCAGUCGUACGUCUGAUCGGGGUAUUGGGUGCCAACCUGUGCUUGACGGGGUCGCACUCCCCCUGAAGGCGCAGGUCUGCAGCUUGGGGGUCCUCCUGGACUCGGCGCUGACACUUGAGGCCCAGGUGUCGGCCGUGGCUGGGAGGGCCUUUGCACAAUUAAAACUUGUGUGCCAGCUGUGACCAUACCUCAAGAAGUCUGAUCUGACCAUGGUGGUCCAUGCCUUAGUUACCUCUAGACUGGACUAUUGCAAUGUGCUCUACGUGGGGCUGCCUUUGAAGAUGGCCCGGAAAUUACAACUAGUACAACGUUCGGCAGCCAGGCUUCUAUCUGGAGCGAAUUACAGGGCGCGUUCAACGCCUCUGUUUAAGGAGCUCCACUGGCUGCCAUUUAUUUUCUGGGCCCAAUUCAAGGUGCAGGUUAUCACCUACAAAGCCCUAAACAGUUUGGGACCCACCUACCUUAGAGACCGCAUCUCCCUCUAUGAACCCAGAUGUUCUCUUCGCUCGUCGGGGGAGGCCCUUCUCUCGCUCCCACCACCCUCACAGUCAUGAUUGGUGGGGACGAGAGAGAGGGCCUUCUCCGUCGUGGCCCCCCGGCUUUGGAACUCUCUACAUAGAGAGAUCAGGCAGGCCCCUACCCUCCUCUCCUUCCAGAAGAGCUUAAAAACCUGGCUCUUCCAAAAGGCCUUCGAUGUUUAGUUGUUGCUGGAUUGAUCUAUCUGUCCAUUCCAUAAUAGUCCCAUUGUUGUUGUCUUGCCAUUUUAUACCGCACUUUAUUGUCCAUUCAACUGUGAAAUUUCCUUUUCCCAUUUCGUAACACUCUGCACUUCACCUGGGAUCUACGAAUUAGUCUCCUGUUUUUAACACUGUAUCCUGCUUGUUGAUUUUAAUGAUUGUUUUUAUUGAUGUUGAUGUUUUUUACUGGGAUAAUUUUUUUAUUGCUUUGUUACUGUUAUUUGUUUGUUUUAUCGGGACAGACCCCAUGUAAGCCGCCCCGAGUCCCUUCGGGGAGAUGGGACGGGGUAUAAAAAUAAAGUUAUUAUUAUUAUUAUUAUUAUUAUUAUUAUUAUUAUUAUUAUUAUUAUUAUUAUUAUUAUUAAUAGGAGAUACAUUUGGACAAGUAGCUUGGGCCAGAACCAUUUAGGGCUUUAUAGGUCAAAACCAGCACUUUGAAUUGGGCUCGGUAGCAUAUUGGCAGCCAGUGGAGCUGGCUUAACGGGGAUGGUACGCUCCCUGUAUGCCGCCCCAGUUAUUAAUCUGGCUGCCGCCUGUUGUACUAGCUGGAGCUUCCGGGCCACCUUCAAAGGCAACCCCACGUAGAGAGAGUUGCAGUAAUCCAGGCGGGAUGUAACCAGAGCGUGGACCACCGUGGCCAAGUCAGGCUUCCCAAGGUACGGGCGCAGCUAGCGCAAAAGUCUGAGUUGUGCAAAGGCUCCCCUGGCCACCGCCGAGAUCUGGGGUUCCAGGCUCAGCGAUGAGUCCAGGAUCACCCCCAGACUGUGAACCUGUGUCUUCAGGGGGAGUGUGACCCCAUCCAACACAGGUUGCAACCCCAUACCCUGUUCAGCCUUCCGACUGACUAGGAGGACCUCCGUCUGGAUUAAGUUUCAAUUUGUUCACCCUCAUCCAGUCUGACACAGCGGCCAAACACCGGUUCAGGACCUGGACAGCCUCCUUAGUGACAGGUGGGAAGUAGUGACAGAGCUGGACAUCUUCUGCGUACAGAUGACACUGCACUACAAAACUCUGGAUGAUCUCUCCCAGUGGCUUCAUGUAAAUGUUAAACAACAUGGGGGACAGUACUGACCCCUGCGGGACCCCACAAAUCAAUGGUUGUGGGGCAAAGCAGGUGUCCCCCAGUAACACCAUCUGAGACCGACCCUCCAGGAAUGAGCGGAGCCACUGCAAAAACAGUACCUACAAGUCCCAUUCCCGCGAGGCGUCCCAGAAGGAUACCGUGAUCAAUGGUAUUGAAGGCCACUGAGAGGUCCAGCAGAACCAGCAGGGACACACUCCCUCUAUCCAGUUUCUGGUGUAGAUCAUCGACUAAGGCGACCAAGGCUGUCUCGGUACCAUGUCCUGGCCUAAAGCCAGAUUGCGCCGGAUCUAGAAAAUCAGUAUCAUCCAAGAAUGCCUGGAGUUGUGUGACCACCACACGUUCCACGACCUUGCCCAAAAAGGGGAGAUUGGAAAUAGGCUGAAAGUUAUCCAGUUGAGUGGGGUCCAGUGAUGGCUUCUUCAACAGCGGCUUGAUCACAGCCAAUUUAAGGCUCACUGGAAAUAUGCCUUCCUGAAGGGAGGCAUUCACCACCACCUUCACCCACUCGCCCAAUUCCCCUAUGGCUUCUCUCACCAGCCAGGAUGGGCAGGGGUCUAGGAUGCAUGUGGUAGCCCUCACCUCUUCAAGCACCUUGUCCUCAUCCUCAGAGUGAAUCAAUUGAAAUGAAUCCAUCAAAAUGGGACAAGCGGAUGCUCUAUGUACAUCCUUGGAGACUGCCAUUAACAUGGUGUUAAAACCAGAGCGGAUCAAAGCAACUUUGUCCACGAAGAAUCGAGCACAUGCUUCACAGCGGGCUGCCGAGUUGUUAGGAAUCCCGUCCUGGGACGCGGGAUAUAACAAACCUCUGACCACUCAAAACAGCUCAGCCGGACGGUUCUGUGCAGACGCAAUAUUAGCUGCAAAGAAAACAUUCUUUGCAGCAUCUAUUGCCGCGGUGUAUGUCCUAAGAUAGGAACAUAGCCGUGUUCGAUUUGACUCGCUUGGCUUUGAAUGCCACACGCCUUCUAGUCCCCUCUUCUUUCGCUUCAUCGCUGCCAGCUCCUCAGUGAACCAAGGAGAUGGUUUAGCUCAGGUACUCGAGAGGGGACGUUCUGGAGCAAUUGUGUCUAUCACCCUUGUAGUCUCCUUGUUCCAGAGAGCGACCAGAGCAUCGACAGAAUCAGCAGCCGUGGUAGUGGGAAACACCCUAAGAGCCGUCAGGAAUCCAUCCAGAUACAUAAGCCUCCUGGGGCGGACCAUUUUAGUAGGUCCUCCACCCCUAUGGAGGUUGGGGGGCGCAGUAAGUCUAAACCUGUUCAGGUGAUGCUCAGUCCAUGGCAACGGAGCGAUGGUAAGCUCCUCCACACUGCCACCUUCCUCCCAUCCCUGGCAGAAAACCAAGUCAAGUGUGUGCCCUGCUCUGUGGGUGGGACCAGAUACCAAUUCGGACAGCCCCAUGGUUGCCAUGGUGGCCAUGAAGUCCUGAGCUGCUCCCUGAUAGAGUGGUCUCGGCAUUGUCCCCCAGCACAAUUAGCCGUUGAGACUCCAAUGACAGGCCUGAGACUACCCCCGCCAGCUCAGGCAGGGAGACUGUAGUGCAGCGGGGUGAUAGGUACACUAACAGAAUCCCUAAACUGUCCCAGCCACCUACUCUCAGAUGGGCACAUUCAAACAAGGUUGACUGUGGGAUGGGGCACCUGGUCAGGUGGAUGAACUCCUUAUAGACUAAUCCUCCAGACUUUGGUUGGUGCUGCACGGUGUAACCUGGUGGACACAGCUGGGUGAGACUGGCCCCCCCAGCCUUGUCCAACCAGGUCUCCGUUAUGCACGGCAGGUCUGCCCGCUCAUCCAGGAUAAGAUCCUGAAUAAUUGCUGAUUUUCCAUUGACAGACCUGGUGUUCAGCAGCACCACCUUUAGGUUGGAGGGACCGCUAACCUGGGCACCGAAAUUUCCUAUGUCAGGAGGCCGUUUUACAUCUAUGAGUACUCUCUUUCUUUCCAUAGGCAGAAUUAAAUUAUACCUCCCUUUCCCGUAUCUCCCCCUCCCCUGGAUUACUUCGAUAGGGGCCCCCUGGCCAAUACAUGCCCCCCUCCCCUCUACCUGGUCCAUCACAGUGGUAAUAAUAGUUGUUAAGGAUGCUCAGAGUCUUAUAAUAUUGCUUCCUUCUUCCACUGUGGUUUUUCCCAGCCUUUAGUAAAGUGCUCAAGUGUGCUGAUUCUGAGGUCAAAAUGUAUUUGCAAGAUAAAACCAAUAGGAGCUCACCUUCCCACCCUCUUGCCCACCAUCUCUGCCCCUUAAAAUUAAUGCUCAAUUAAAUUGCACAGUUCGGCUCAUAAUAGGUGUUAAACACAGAUAAACUAUGGUGCUUCAGUCCUUGAGCUACAGUCUAGUGUCAUGGAACCAAGUCCCAGGGCUGAAUUUCCAAGCCCUGGACUUGGAGUCAUAACAUAAAUAAUCCUGGAAGCACCUGGCAGAAGAAGAUAGAAGAGCCUGGGAACUCGGGGUUGAAAGUAUAAACAAUUAUAAUUGGUAGAGUGUGUGGGAAUAGUAGAAAUGUGAUACAGGGGGUGGGGUUUGAUGAUGAUAUUUGCGUGUGGUGUUACGUUGCAUCAAAGGUGAUAAAAAUGAUUAUAUGUAAACAUUAGGUCAUUCUCGACUUUUUCCAAAGUCAUGUAUUCUUCAAUAAAGAUUGGAUUUGAGAGCAGCUAUCUUUGAUCUGCGUUCAGACUGGUCCUUUGAAGUGAGCCUGACAUUUAAGUCGAGAAUCCCGUUCUCACCCUCCUGCGGAUUCGCAGUGAAGUGAUAAUGAGUGGAGAAGGCGAUCAAAGCCUAAAUGGAGCAGAGAGGCCUUUGCCAGGGGCCCGGCCGUUGGGGGAAGAGACGCUGCAAGCCAUAGCUUCCUCUACGGGGUACCCCAGGCCGAACGGCGUGACCCAGAGGAUUCCCAGAGGAGGAAGAGGCGUCUCUGCGGCUGCAGAAACCAGUUGGGGAUCUGGAGGAAGCAUGCCGGAAACCGUGGCCCUGCGGUUAUCAAUCCUGGAAACUAAUUUAUCCAGGCUGUCGGAAACCGUGGGGAGGUUGGUGCCACUAUUGGAAGAGAAUCUCCAGAAGGAGCCCACCCGAUAUGGCGCCGAGAGAGAGCCAAGUAAAGAAGAAGCUUGGAGCCAGAGGGGCCAGCGCGCCUCAACGCAGAGGAUCGGGUCCAGUGGAUUGGCGGACGAAGGCGGAGAGGAGCCGGAGAUCCAGGAAGAGGAGGAGGAUGUGCCGUACGACGAGGGAAGGCGAGGUGCGGGGGCUACAGCGAGGCCCGCAUUCGGAUGGGUGGAAGGGCCGACAGCAGCGGCAGAAUUUCGGGAGCCGCGCAGAACGACCGCCGGAGUGGGGCGCGGCGUGUUCAAAGGGGCCGUCCAAGGAAACCCAAUGCAACCCUUCCCCAUGCCUCCCAGACAGCAUCAACGGGCCGCAGAAUGGAUGCAAAGGAGGGAAGAGCUCAAACUGGAAUACGGAGGGGAAUCAUCUGAACUGAACUUUUUCCUCAUUAGCAUCAGAGGAUAUAUGGAAGACAAUGCACACACAUUCCCCUCCGAAGGAAGCAUGGUUCGGGCCAUCGGCAACACACUAAAGAGAGGAGCAGCCAGCUGGUAUGUGCAACUACAUGCCAGACGCGACCCGUGCCUGAGGUCAGUACCCCGCUUCCUCGCCGCACUGGAAAACCGGUUCAGAGACCGGCUAGAGCAAUUGGGGCUCGAGACCAGCUUAAAGGAAUAAAGCAGAGGGACAAAACGGUGCCCGAGUACGCAGAGGAAUUCCUCCAUCUCGCGGAAAGGGUGCCAGAGUGGUCUGAAGUGACCAAAGUGGAGAUAUUCAAAGAGGGACUACGCCCCGAGGUUUUCAGUUGGGCAGCGCACAGAGACGACCCAGAAACACUCCAGGGCUGGAUACAACUAGCGGGGCGCGUCGAAUCCACCCUGGCCCGAGUAAAGCAUUUCAGGGGCGGCGGCGGCCAGCAAAGACCGGUGGCGAGGGGUCGAGGAGAAACGAGGAAGCAGGAAAGGCCCGGAGGGAGGCCGGGGAUCCCCUUCAAAGGAGAUGACAACAAACCCAAGCCGGGAUGCUUUGUAUGUGGGAAGACGGGCCAUCGAGCAGCAGAAUGUUGGGCCCGGAAGGGGGAGCCGCCAAAACCCUCAAAGCCCAAGCCAGCAGCCGGGAGACGAGCGGAGGAGGAGGUGCGAGCCCCAGAAUCUCCGGAAAGACUGGUGAGUCGAGACAAACGCAUGCUAGUAGUGCCAAUCUGCCUAUCGGGGCUAGAGAAUCGGGCCACCUGCAGGGCAUUCGUGGAUUGCGGUUGUUCUAGGAACAUUAUAACUCCGGAAUUAGCAGAAGCGCUGAAAUGCCAGCAGACGUUGCUUGACUCCCCAAUUGCAUUUUCGCAGCUAGAUGGAUCAGUUGCUGCUGGGGAAGUAUCUACGAAGGAAAUAUGGGGGAAUCCCAUGUAAAAUAGGCAAAUGGGAAGGAAGAAUAUCCUUUGUGAUAGCCCCUAUUGCCACAUACCAUGUAAUACUAGGGAUCCCAUGGCUCGAACAGGCAAAUCCUGAAGUAGAUUGGAGAGGAAAGAGCCUAGCAUUUAAAGAACAACAAACGCAAUGGGAGAUAAGCAAAAUAGCAGGAGAGGAGGACGAGGGAAAUGAAGCAGGGGAAAUAGACCCACAGCUAUUGCCACCUGAAUACAGAGACUUUGUGGAUGUUUUCAAUCAGAAAGAGGCAAGUAAAUUACCUCCCAAGAGGAAUAUAGAAGUAGAAAUUGAAAUAACCCCAGGAGCAAACUUACCAAAACCAAAAGUGUAUCCCAUGUCUGUUCAGGAGAAGGAGGAAUUGAGGAAAUAUAUUGAUAAGAACCUGGCGCGAGGCUUCAUUAAGCCAUCCAAUUCUCCUCUCGGAGCCCCAGUGUUAUUUAGGAGAAAGAGACAACUCUCUAAGAUUGUGCAUUGACUAUCGAAAUUUAAAUGCAAUUACUAAGGACAAUAAAUACCCUAUGCCCUUAGUAAAGGAUUUAAUUACCGUAUUGAAGAAAGGGAGCAUAUUUACUAAACUGGAUUUAAUUGAAGCAUAUCAUAAAUUAAGAAUCAAACCCGAGGAUACUUGGAAAACUGCAUUUUCCUGCGCAUUCGGCCAUUUUGAAUAUAAAAUUUUGCCAUUUGGGUUAAAAAAUGGCGGCAGUUGCUUUAUGCAGCUUAUAAAUAAAAUACUGCACCCAUUGUUGUACCGAGGAGUAUUCAUAUUCCUUGAUGACAUCUUGAUCGUGAGCGAAGAUAAAGAAAAGCACGUGGAAUUGGUCCGGGAAGUUUUGCAGAGACUAAGGGAAGCAAAGCUGUAUGCAAAACUGUCCAAAUGUGAAUUUAAUAAAACUCAAAUUGACUUUCUGGGGUAUCGGAUAUCUCCAGAAGGGUUAGCUAUGGACCCGUCUAAAGUAUCAGACGUAAAAGAAUGGGGAGUACCUCAAACAAGGAGGCAAUUGCAAUCAUUUCUGGGGUUUGCAAAUUUUUAUAGAUCGUUCAUAAAAGGCUUUGCGCAAAUAACCGCACCCCUUACUGAACUUUUAAAAACAAAAGGGAAAGGGGAGACAGCAAAAGUGAAAGCUCCUGGCGCCAAACUGAGUUGGACGCCAGAAUGCCAAAAGGCAUUUGAAACCCUAAAAGGAUGCUUCACAGAAGAACCCGUCCUAAAACACCCCGAUAUCCGGAGCCCUUUCAUAAUCCAUUGUGAUGCUUCAGACUGUGCAUACGGGGCAGUACUAUUGCAAAAAGAUCAAAAUGGGAACUUAAAACCUUGUGGAUAUUUGUCCCGGAAGUUCAGUGAAACUGAAAAAUGUUGGCCCAUAUGGGAAAAAGAAGCAUUAGCCAUAUUAAAAGCCUUAGAAUGCUGGCGACACUUCCUCGAAGGGAGCGGAAUCCCAUUUGAAAUUUGGUCUGACCAUAAGAACCUCCAGUAUUUAAAAUCUCCUCGAAAAUUGUCCCCCAAACAAAUUAGAUGGGCACAAUACUUCAGCAGGUUCGAUUUCCAAUUAAAGUUUUUCCAAGGGAAACAGAAUGUCUUGGCAGAUGCUCUUUCACGCAUGCCUCAACACGAAGGCAUAACCACAGCAAAAGAGGGAACAGUAUUCUCUGAUAAACAAUGGGGAUUAGCUGUCAGUACAAGAGCGCAGACCCAAAGAGAGAACACUGCUAUUAUUAAAUUCGACGAGGAGAAUAGUUGGGGAAAAGAACUGAAACAGUCAUACGAAGGAGAUCAGUGGAUCGCAUCCAACGCAGAAAAGGGGGAGCAGAAGGGGGGAUUCUGGUUUGUGAACAAGAAACUGUAUAUCCCAGCAAUAUUAAGGAUUAAGAUUUUGCAUCGUUUUCACAAUAACCAGAGCGCUGGUCAUACAGGAAUUACAAAAACAACAAAGGCAAUAGCAAAACAUUGUUGGUGGCCAGGGAUGAGGAAGGACAUAAAGAAUCAUGUUGUUCAAUGUGAUGAUUGUGCCAGAAAUAAAUCGAGAGGAGGGAAGCCUAUGGGAUUAUUACAAACAGUAGCAGAACCUACCAGGCCUUGGGAAUGUGUAGCUAUGGACUUUGUGGGGGAACUGCCGGUUAUCAAAGGACAUCGUUAUAUUUGGACAGUAUUAGACCUGUUUUCCAAACAGGCCCACUUUAUAGCACUGACGAAACUACCGUCGGCAGAGAAACUAGCUGAAUUGUACAUAAACCAUAUUUACAAACUUCAUGGAUGUCCCAGUAGAGUGGUCAGUGACAGAGGGGUUCAGUUCACAGCAAAAUUCUGGGAAAAAUUCUUGGAAAUGCUAGGAGCAGAAAGGAGUCUAAGUUCUGCUUUUCACCCCAUGACAAACGGGGCAGUAGAACGUACUCAACAGACGCUUGGGCAGUUCCUUCGAAUGUACUCUAACAUGAGACAAAAUGACUGGUCUAAGUGGCUGGCUUUCGCAGAACUAGCUUUUAAUUCGACUAUACAUUCCGCAACAAAUAAAACUCCCUUUGAAGUAGUUUACGGGUAUGAAAUACAGCCUCUGCCCCAGUUGCCAAGAUGGACAGAGAAUGAAGAAACAGGGGCAGGGAAAUGGAAAACUCAAAUGCUAGAAUGCUGGAGUCAAGUGACUGCAUCCUUAAAGGAAGCACACAAAAAGUAUAAAACAUUCGCAGACAGAAAAAGGAUGGAAGGCGAUAAAUUGGAGAAAGGAGAUUUAGUGUGGUUAAGUACCCAAAACAUCAAAUUGGGGCUGCCUUCGAGAAAACUGGGCCCCAAAUAUAUUGGACCAUUCAGAAUACAGGGUGUUAUCAAUGAAGUAACUUUCCAGUUGGCAUUGCCAAAAAGUUUAGGGAAAAUACACCCAGUAUUCCAUCGCAGCUUACUGAAAAAGUAUAUGGGUACUUUGGACAAAAUGGACACAUAGAGUUAUUAUUUGAUUUAUUUCAGAAUUGUGAUGAAAGAAGCACCGAAGAGGAGGAUGGAGAAAAAGAGGGCGCCAUGUCAUGGAACCAAGUCCCAGGGCUGAAUUUCCAAGCCCUGGACUUGGAGUCAUAACAUAAAUAAUCCUGGAAGCACCUGGCAGAAGAAGAUAGAAGAGCCUGGGAACUCGGGGUUGAAAGUAUAAACAAUUAUAAUUGGUAGAGUGUGUGGGAAUAGUAGAAAUGUGAUACAGGGGGUGGGGUUUGAUGAUGAUAUUUGCGUGUGGUGUUAUGUUGCAUCAGAGGUGAUAAAAAUGAUUAUAUGUAAACAUUAGGUCAUUCUCGACUUUAUCCAAAGUCAUGUAUUCUUCAAUAAAGAUUGGAUUUGAGAGCAGCUAUCUUUGAUCUGCGUUCAGACUGGUCCUUUGAAGUGAGCCUGACAGUCUAGUACUUAGUUUACAAGACAGUUUAUCAAGUUAGUGGGGCUUCUGAGCUAUAUAAGAUAGGUGGUUCAACUCAGUUCCUCAAGUACAUCAGUCAAGGUUCUUCUAGUAAAGUUCUCAAGUGCUCAAAAGUGCCAAGUCCAGAAGAGUAUUUGAUACCUAAUAGGCGGCAGUAUUGUCCAAAAAGUGCAUAAUAAGAUAGUCAGUUAAUAAAGUUAAUACAGUGCUUGGCAGGCAGCAGUUUAUCUAAUUAAGUGCAUACAGUUUGUUGAAUAAAGUGUUUACAGUCUGGCUCACCACAUUGCUACAGUAGCAUAAUGACCGAGGUCAGGCCCAAUAUCGGUAGUUGUUAUAACAGGCAAUGAUGAUAGCAAAGCUAGUUCGACCGACCACCGGUGGGCCUAGUCCUCACAGCAAUCGCAGAGUAGCAACAAUGCAACAGUGGGGAGGCCGGACAACCAUUCAACAACCAGGGCAGCGAAGCAGCAUCCUCCAAACUUUCCAUGCCGCCAACCAGCCCUGAGUAGGCUGCCCGCGCUCUCAAUGGACUCCUCCGCUGCUGCAACCCAUCGUGAGCACACAGCCCGAGCACACCCGCAGCACCUACGCCAUCCACGCCACCGCCAAACACGCUGUCUUGGAGCACCCCAGAACCCCGAAGCACUCCCAGCCAGCCUUCCUGCACCUUCCUCCGACCAACAGCUCCUCAGUGUUUCAUACAGCCACACCACUGGAGAGGCACCGUAAGCCCUGUUGCCUCAGGUCACAAUCUUCACAGGCCCACAUGGGAAGCAGACAAACAAAACUCUACUCGGCAGAUAAUGUAGAUAAUGUAGAUAAUACAGUGCCGUUCUUAAUGCACUAGUCUUUUGAUCCGGUCUUAUAGUUCUUUAAAAUUCUUCCCUUGCGGGGGAGGUUCUUCUCCUCCCCUCUCCUCUCCUCUCCUCCUCCACACUAGCUCACUCUCUGUUUCCCCCGUUUUCCCUGAAGGCCAAUUCAGACCGCCCCUCAAGGCAACCUUUGUUACCUUGGGUUUCAGUCUUCGUUUUCCUUCAGGGAUGAUACUAUAGCAUUGAGAGCUCACAAGUUUUCUGGAAAAUCAGUGCGGGGCUACAGUCUUAGGGGAGUCUUACAGCCGCGGGAACAUGUUGACACGCUCAGCCUUCCCUUCUUGUGCUUUCUUUCCUUUCCUUUGCUUUGCCCUCCAGGGCAGAAGAAUGGACCCAAAAGGUAUAAUCAGGGUCCCCGUAGCAUACCUUUGUAAUUUCCAGCAUCAGGUUUGAGAGAGAAGGGCUGGUUACAGAGGAAUUGAAUGGUAGUCAGUUUACCAGUUGUUAGGAUUUCUGGGAGUUGAAGGCCAAAACAUCUGGGGACCCACAGGUUGAGAUCCACGGUUCUAUGUAGUAGCUCUGGUUGGCAGACAAUUCUGUAUUCUUGCUCUGGAACUUGGCUCUUCUGUUUUCAAUAACUCCUUGCAUUUUAUUACUGUAGUCUGAAAAAUGAUAUUUCUAACUUCUAGACUUCGUUGUUACCCUUGUCUUGAAACCUGACUCUGUUGAUCUUCUGAUUACUGGCAUUUCUGACUCUGGAUUGUGACCGUGGCUAUCUCAGUUAUUUCUUGUUUUGAAACCUGACUGACCCUUGACUUUCGUUUAUUCCUGACUUGACUCUGUUGCUUCACUGGCUUGAUUUUAACUACAUGGACUUUGGAACUUGAUAUUGGCUCACACAUAUCUUGCUUGUUAUUUGUACUUCUGUUAUUCCAGCUUGACUUCCAGGGAUUCCUGAAUUUGGGCUUUUUUUAUUCACCUGUUGUUUGUUGAAACCUAAACUCUUGAUAAUGUGGCUGAGUUCACAACAGUACAUCAUAAAGCAGAGACACAUGGUUUGCAAGAAAAUUGAAUGAUUAGAAAAAAAAUGGUUGAUAGCUUCUCAUGUCAUUUGUGUGCACAAGGUGACUUAACUCAAUCCAUCUUAAUUAUCUUAUUGGUCUUCAUGAAUGUAGUGAAGGUAAUGAGCAGUGGUAUAGAUUAAUACUUAGGUACAAGUAGGAAAAUGUACAGUAGUAGUGGAAGUAGUAAAACCACUGAAUAUUGUAAGAUUAUCACAGUUACCUUUCUCCAUUUCUAGUGGAGAGAAAACAAUAAAAAUUUAAACCAUCCACAAUUCGGGAAUGUGGUUUUUUCAAAACAUGUAAUUGGAGACACUUUAUAUGUAAUCAGAGACACAGAUAUCUUUGAAAUAUUUUGUGUUCAUUUAUAAUACUGGGCAUAGUGCUGGCCAGCAACAAAGAAACAUGAACAAGCCCUUAACAUAUUGGAAAUUAAAAUGCUGAGGUGGACACUUGCCUUGAUACUUCUUGACCAUGUGCCAAAUGAUGGCAUCUGUCAAAGACUAGGGAAAAAAAGCAAUCAGCAAGAAUAUGCAGGAAGCAAGGCUACUGUGGUAUGGCCAUGUCAUGAGAAGAGAACCAACAUCAAUAUUACAAACAGCACUACAUUUGGAGAUAGCAGGAUGAUGACCACAUGGACGGCCAAAGAAAAGAUGAUGGACACCAUCAAUGCAACAACAUGUAUGCUGCCAACCUGAGACCUGAGGAUGCUCAAAAUAAAGCCCUGUGGAAACAACAGUCACAAUGCUAUUCCCUUCAUUGGGAAAAUAGCUGAGCAA